GUCAAAAGCCGCUUCCAUGGAAAUUAUAACUCUGGCGGAGAAGUGAACUGUAAAAUGACUAAACAGACUCAAAACAAAAGAGGGUCAACUCUUUUGGUCAGCUUGUAAGUGAGUUUAGGUCCCAAAGGCCAGAAACGAUAUUUUUACGACGUCUAUUAUGAUUAGGACGAGUUAAAUAAAAGAGGGUUCUUGGACUGUACAACGAUUGUCUACAAUCAUUAUGGCGGACCAGCAUUCAUCUGGCACUAAUCCUGCACAUCAUAGUCGCGGAGGAAGACAUCGCUCUCGCAAGCAACAAAAACCUUCCACUGCUGAAAGGGAACAAAAAAAGGCAUCACGAUUACAGACUCUGGGCCCGGGAGAAUCGAUUAAAGAAAAACAGGUUUGUUUUUAGACGUAGCGCGCCAAAAGUGCUAUGACUUCUUGAGGUAGAAAUUUUGUCACGCUACAGCCUUGGUGCUACAGGAAUGUUUUACUGUUUUACUGUUUUUUUUUUUAUCCUUUUUUGCUCUUAUUUCUUGUUUACAUAGCUAAAGAUUGUGUUUUAUUUUGUAUUUCUGAGACCUCGAUACGAUCCUGCCAGGCACGUUCGACUUCUAGUUCGAUCGUCAGCUGGAUCGAUCAAAUAAUUAAGAUCGGCUCUCGUACAGUUUAGAGUAGAAGAUUUUACUAGUCGUACAUCGCCACAUUUAUGUUCAUAGUGCCAAACUUGCUUUAUGAUUGUUUCAAAUCAUUCAAUUUCGAUCUCUGGACUUGUAAAAUCAUAUUCGAACUUUAUGGCUGCAAAAUGACACGAUUUUAAUUUGAACCCAAACCCUUAAGGUCGUGUACUAUUCAACAUUUCUUGUGGCUUUCUGGUGAGCUUAUUAUUUUGGCAGCAGAUUAAACAUUAUGACUCCUGGGUUCAAACCUUUCACAGAUUAAACAUUACUUAGUAUUCUGGUGUCAGUGUUGUUUGAUAAUUUCAUAAUUUGACGAUCAAUCAUCGAUUAUAGCAAUAUUUUAUGUUCGGGAUGAGGUGCUGAGGGCAACUCGUCUCACAUCCAUCAUUCCAAUGUGCUUUUAUGGACACACAGAGAUUUUAUAACUCAAUUUCCAUGUGUUUGGAUACGAUCUGCCUAAGUGAUGGUUUGAGUAACCCUGAGAUAAGCCCGUACAUCAUGCAUUAUAGGCAGGUUUAGGGGUGGGAGUGUGAUCAGGUGCAAAUAGCAUAUUUCUGUCCAGAAGUAAUGGUGCUUCAGACUAUAGAAAAUGUGAUAUUAAGCUCCCCCUUGCACUGUUUAAUCCUUGACUUGAAUUUUGAUGUAAACUGAUCAAGGUGUUGAGUCAGCUGUUUUAAGUUGAGUAUUUGUAUUUAAAAAAUCAUAUAAUUUGCAAGUGUUCCUAUCAGCCAGUUACAAGCCUGAUCAUCUCCAAUAACAUCAGACAUUGAGGAUGGGGCAAAACAAUGUCAUAAUGGAAUGCGGUGUAUGCUAUGCAUGCUUAUACCUUCUUUGGGAAAACGCACUCUAACGAUAUUUUGUGUUAGACCGUUAGCUGUCCGUUAGUCAUCUGUUAGAUGAUUCAAUGAAAAUCGUUAGGGGCGUUAGGCAAUUUGUUAGCAACUCAUGGACAUUUUAGUGACUGGAGAAAAAUCUUUGCAAAGAAAGGGGGAUAGAAAGUGGGGUUAGGGGGUGGAUGUACAUGUAGAGAGAGGUGGAUAAUUAGUGGACAUAAGGGUGGAUGGUGGAAUUUCCUCUGAUCAAGACAGGUUUAGUAGUAUUCAUGAGUAAUUGCUUAAUCACAGGGUGCAUGGCUGAUCUUGUGACAUGUUCUAAUGAGAAUGUUGAAAUGGAUGUAUAUCAAUAACGAUCAUUGCAGACAACUUUCCUACUUCUGAUGGAUGUCACGGUGGUUCAUCGGGAUCAUCAAUACUAUUAAGUGCCCUUCUUAGACAAUGAGUGAAGCAUGACAAUAGCGACCAACUGUAGAUCUCUUAGAGAGGUAUUGUAAACAGCAAACUCAGGUGUCUGUUAAGAGAGAGUGUACAUUCUUCUUUCUUUCAUUUUUCCUUUCAGCAAAAAGCCAGAGAAGAACGUGAGGCAAAGAGGGCUAUGAUAGAUUUCCGACAUGAAUAUUUGAUCAGUACAGUUGCCACCACUCUUGGACUGACAAAUGAGGAAGUUACAGAGUCUUUACUUGAAGGCUCACAGGUCUGUAUUACUAGCCUUUAAUAGACUGUAGCUCUUGUCUGCCUUGCCAGAUAUAUUAAGUUACAGCCCUGCAGAUGAAUUAUAUUUUAAAAAUAUUAAAUAAUUAUCUUUAUAUAGGCUGUCAUUUACAUGUUAUGCAGGCCUGUAUGGCAGGCAUUUGAAGGGGAAGAAAAAGGGGAUUCUUGGGCGGAGAGAAGUGUGAGGGCAUGUGAGGAAUGAGGGAUGGGUGCAGGUGUUCCCCUUCUCCUUCGCGCAUGGUUUCACGCCCAAAUUCCCUUUCCCUUUCUUUUCGAAUGCCUGCCAUGCUGGUAUUUACAUGUAUAGAACACAACUUUGCUGCAGGCAAAAAUCAUGUAGUAUAAAUCAUCAUAAUGUUGGUAAAUCUUCCAUGUUCUCACCCUGUCAAUGUGAAAAAUAAUAUUAUCCAGUUAAAGUAAGUGGAGCCCUAUUAUCCCAGUAUCAGGAUUGUAAAAAUUUAAAUUGAGUUUUGAAAUUGUUUUUGUUUUUAUAGAUUGAAACUAUGGAGGACUUUUUAAAGGCAGAUGGUCUUUCAAGGAUAAUAUUUUACUUUCAAGAAGUUGACAACAUUCCAGAUGCAGGUACUUUGCUAACUUGUUUAUCACAUGUUCAUGUAUCUUCAGUCAACAAUAAUCAAUUUUUUUGACUCUCUUUCAGGGCUCGAAAUUAAAAAAAAUGUCUGGUCGCAAAUUUGCGACUAGUUACGAAAAUUUGGUCGCAACUUUGAAAAUGUUAGUCGCGAAAUUAAUUGAGGCCAUUUAAUCAAGAAAUAAGUAGGUUUUUAAAUGAUUAACGCUUUAAUUUUCAUUCUUUCAACAGCUUUCAUGUCAUUUCGAGACUUAAUAGUAGAGAACGUUUAGCGUCUCGGACAACACCAGUUCAUCCAAACGAUCAAGUUGAACCUGCGUUAAGGCACAUAAAUUAGUGUCUGUUAUUUUAGUCAAAGCGAUAGAUUUCCAAAUCGUCAACAGAUAUUACAGCAGGAAACUGCAGUUCUUAAAUGCCUCCAAUCUCUGCAAAAUAGCAGUAACAUUUGUACUGGGCGGACAUCCGACAUGGUUAUAGGUUACGUUACGUAACUAAAUUCCUUUAGUUUUACCUUUUGCAGGUUUUCCACCGAUGACAAAACAAGUAAAGAAUUCUUUUAUAUAUUAAGCUUUACAUCUGAAGUAUCAGGGGUGUUACUACAGUGAUUAUUCAAAGAACCCUGAAGGACUGAAUCAUUCAAUACGACGAUACGUGCCAUGCGGACAUUCCCCCAUCUUUGUUUGCUAAACCUCGUUUUCAUGUAUACGUAGAUUCGCAACCCACUUGGAACCGAUUUAUUUUACAUGUAAAUCUUUUUUUUAAAAACUAAAACCGCUCGGUCGAUUUCUUCGUUUAAAAUGUGACCUUUGAAACAAUUUAAGUCGCUUUCAUCCAACAUAAUUGACUCACUAAAGAAGAACACAUGUGUACUGUGAGGGCCGUAACGCGGGUCAUAAACGCGGGAAAAGUACUCAGCAUGCUGGCGGGACUGUCAGCAGCAAAUCAAAACGAAAUAUGAGCCUGCAAUGUACAUGUUUACAGAACCCGCUGAAAAUGGCGUGGAAUAUCGUUGCGUGUAUGCAUUCCAGGUAAAUUACAGUAAACCUUCAAAUUGUAACAAAAUUGUAAGACGCUACUUCAAUGAAUCUUUUUAUUUCUAAAUUUAUUUAAGCAAAAAUUCAAGUGCUAGUCCUUUUAUUUCGUAUCAGUUAAGGCAAAACCUAGUCGCAAAUUUGCGACUACUCUCGUUUUUCUAGUCGCAAAUAAGAAAAAUUAAGUCGCAAAUGCGACCGUAUCGGUCGCAAUUUCGAGCCCUGUCUUUGGCUUUUGCGUGCUGCUUUAAAUUUAAUUAUGUGUUAUUUUUCAGUGGAACAUGUCCGACUGGGACCUGGAGGAGUUCAAUCAGCCACCAUCAAACCAAGACCUAAAGUUUUUAUUACUGACACAAGAGACAUGCAGCUGUCUGGAGCAUGUGUAUUCUUUAUCAAGAUAAAUCCUUCUAAAGCCCUAACAUUAGCUAACAUCUGUCAGGUAAUAUUACCUCUACACACUGUCGUUGUAUUUUGAUCAGUAAUGCUCCAGUGUACUGUUAAUAAAUUUAUGGAAGUAGAAUCCAACCAAGUUAUAGUACUCUAGAAAUACUGCCACACAGCUUGAAAUGUAGAUAUCUGGCUCUUUGUAUUCAAAAAUGUAAGAUUAAAGUUGCACAUUAUUGUUGAAGAGUAUUUUGGGGAAUAGAAGUUUUUAAACCCAGCAUGGUUUCAUAUAAGCUAAGAACACUAAUGGACCAAUUUUUUUCAACCUCUAACAAACGUAUCUGAUUGUUACUGCAGGCAAGCAAAAUGUCCUAUUGAAAAUAACAACAUACAUGCCCAUGGUAUUAAGGUAAGAAUAUUGUUGUUUUAUUGCAGGAGACGACUUUUAGCUUGCUUGACACCCGUGGUGUCGGAAUCCUUCAUUCUGUAGAAAGACUUCUUGGGGAUAUUUACAUUCCAGCCCUUUCUAAGAGCUCAAACUGGGGAGAGUUAUCAGACAGGCAUGGUGCAAGUGUCAGGCAUGGCUUUAUGAAUCAACUGGAAAAUUUUGUAGGUAAGUGUAUGAAUUCUACAGAUCAAAAUUAAUGUAAAACUUUACUUCAAGGUUUUUAAUGAUUAUCAGGAAUGUCACUAAGAUUUCAAAUUGCCAGGUAAAUACUGACAGCAAGUUUGUGGGGAAUUAAACAGCUAGGGAUUUCCCAGGGAUCACCUUCCUCGUAGCUGGGGGAUAUCCCUGGUCCCCAGUCCCCAGCCCUUCAUGACAGCUAUGAUGAUGAUGAUGAUGAUGAUGAUGAUGAUAAUGACAAUGAUAACGGUAGCGAUAGUGAUAACGAUAACGACAAAGAUAAUGACAACAACAAUGAUAACAACAAUUAUAAUGAUAACAAUAAUACCUAAUAAUAAUAAUAAUAAUAAUAAUGGUAAUUACUUAGAGGUAGCAUUUCCACAUAGUGGUUCUUUGUCAACCAUUUCUGGUCGAAUUGGAAUUUAAAAUGUUGUUUUUUGAGAACAGGAGUAUUGUUAUCAGGAGCGGAAGAACACCUUUUGAAUUAGAAAUGUCUUGAAUUUGAAUUCCUAGGUAUACUAAGUAGUGCGCAGGCCAGUUUAGAUGAUGCUGUGAUGCUAAAGGAAUGUGAUACUAUUGAUCUGACAAGGAUCAGUUCUCCUAAUGAUUAUAUAGCAGCUGCCAGCUCCUCUGAAACACUUGAGCAGAUUGAAGAGGUUGUCACUUCAUGGGUCAGACAAAUAGAACAGGUACAUACAUGUGCAGAAAAUGUUCACCCAAAUAGUUAUAAUCCUUCAGUAGUAAGGGUAAAAAAAUUCAAGGAUAUUGAAAAUCAAGGGUAGGAAAAUAAGGAUAUCGAAAAAAUAAUCAAAUUUCGUCUUCGAAGUAUUCAAAGAAUGCCAUUCAAAAAUACUUUUAGGCUACUGAGAGAUUCUGUAUGAUUCCAUCCGCGUACUCAAAACAUGUGACAGUAUCUGUCUUUGUUAUCAAACAAAGGGAAGAUGAAGAAAAAAAGGAAAUUAUAAUAUUAUUAUAAAGAAGAAGCAAUUUGCUACUCCAUUACCCUCGAGGUCCAUUCUCAAAAAAUCUAUGAUGAACAUAAGUAAACUGUAAAAAAAAAAAAAAUCUCUGGCACCCAGGGUACUACUCCAUAAACUUCAGGGAAGAUGGUUGCCAGCUUUUCUGGGGCUGUCUGGAUGGAUAUUGUAAUCAAUGAUUAAUUUAUUUAAUGGUUACUUUUGAAAACACUCCACCGAUCAGAAGUAUCCACCAAACAAUCACAGAAAUCAUUGCUUUGAAUGCGUUGUACUAAUCCUCCCCCUAGUCUAUGAAGUGGCAAAUUUUCAUGACCUUUGGGUUUACUAGGAGGGAUGUAGUGAUAGUCCCUUGGAGGGGUGGGGGUGGGGGUGGCCUGAAAAUCUCGUGCACAUGGCGUUUGAGUUAUAUGGUUGUGCUGAAAUUAUUUGCUAUUUGUAUCAGGUUUUGGCAGAGAGUGAGCAAAUGAGGAAGGAAGCUGAUGAUGUCGGCCCUAAAGCAGAGCUUGAUCACUGGAAAAAAAGAAUGGCGAAGUUCAACUCGUUGUUGGAUCAGAUUAAAGGUCCUGAAUGCAAAGCAGUGGUUGGUGUGCUUCAUGCUGCCAAGUCCAAACUCCUCAAGGUUUGUUGUACCGUCUGUUUCUUGGCGCGUUCGCUAGUCCCAUUGUAGGAUAAAACGCAAAAACUAACAACAUGCACAUCCAGGCUAAUCGCAGCUUUUACACACGUACAAUGUACAGUUCAAUCAAGGAGAUGUUAAACAAAGUGGCACACAGACUGGGUUUCAACUUAUGAUUGCAAGACUUACUGCAUAUACAGUGUACAUAUAUGCGAAUAGUCCGCACUGAAUAUUCUUAACUAUUGUUUCGCACUUUCAGACUUGGCGAGAUAUUGACAGCAGAAUAACCGAUUACGCCAAUGAAGCUAAAGACAACGUCAAAUUCCUGUAUACAUUGGAGAAAUUCUGUGACCCUCUCUACAACAGUGACCCGGUGAGUUCCAUAAUUACAUGCACGGUAUACCAAUUAUCUCAUAUCCCAGUAUUGAUCUCAGCAGUUACCCUCUACGAAAGCUGCUUAAACUGUUGGAAGGUGAUGUCUCUUCCUCGAUUAGGCUCUCCUAUACGCGGUGGAAGCUAUCGUGAAAUUGUAAAUUGAGAUUGAAUGAAUAAAGUUGAAAGUUGAAAGUUGAACCAAGGUAAUAAAGAAUAAACUAAUUAUUAAAGAGAAACUGUGUGAUGCCUCGGCAGUACUUUAGAUGCUUUUUGUAACGUUUUGGUCGCAGUUUCACUUUUGCUUAAAAUCUGCUCGCUCGUACCCAGACUCCGCCACAUUUUACCAUGCGCGUGUUCUAUAUUUUCAGAUUGGCAUGAUCGAUGGUAUACCAGGACUCAUUAAUGCCAUUCGCAUGAUCAACAGUUACUCCAGAUAUUACAACACAUCUGAAAGGAUGACUGCUCUUUUUGUCAAGGUCGGUAGAUUUUGCCAUUUUGUAUCCAGUGUCAAUUUUGGAGACGUUAUGUGUUGAUGUAACCUUCGAUAUCAUUGCCUGAGAAAACACCCGACACUGGUUGGUUGAAACAAAUUUCCCUCGCGGCACAACCAAUUAGAAGCACUUCCCAGAUCUGAUUAGUGACACGUCAUCAGUAUGGAAUGCCUACUCUUGUUUCUCAGACGUCAUUUCGAAGGGAAACAAGCGCAUGUCAGCUGUCUUCUCAGGCUGCUGAUUUUCUAGUCAAAAUUCUAUCGUCAGGUGACCAUUCAAUUAAAAGCUCUUUAUCAAACUUGCUUUGUUUUCAGGUUACCAAUCAAAUGAUAACUGCGUGCAAGAGCUACAUUACGGAGCAUGGGUACAAAACAGUUUGGGAUUAUCAACAGGAAGAACUCGUCGCAAAAUUAAAGAAUUGCAUCCGAUUAAACGAGGAAUACCAGAGGUGUUUCCAGAAAACCAAACAACGUCUCGAGGAAAAUCCGGACGAGCGACAAUUCGAAUUUAGUGAAAUGUAUAUUUUUGGGAAGAUCAACACGUUCGCUCGGCGGUUGCAUAAGAUCAUUGAAAUGUUGGAUACAAUGAAAGCGUUUUCUUGUCUUGGAGAAUCACGGAUUGAAGGCAUGGAACAGCUUUGGAAUAAAUUUGUCCUUAUUGUCACUACGAUGAGGAAGAAACCUUACGACUUACUUGAUUAUCGAAAAAUGGACUUUGAUGCAGAUUUCGAGGAGUUCAAACGUCAAAUCAACGAUUUGCAAGUAAGUCUUUUAUCCCAUUUACAAUUGAAGCUCUUAUGAUGUUUCUGAUGUCAGUUUUGUAGCACAUAAUGAAGACAUUUUAGUUAACAGACAAUGAGUAUUAUUUGUUUUUUAUUGAUUUCUCGUAUACAGAUUCAUCCCGCGAUACUGACCAUUUUGUGCAAGAGCUGCGGUAUUUCUAUGCAGUAUUUCCCUAUAUCUAACACAUUUGAUUUUUUUUUUCUGCCUUUGAAACAGGUGCAACUUCAAAUUUUUAUCGACAACUCAUUUGAGCGAAUUCCUUCAACCCAACGAGCCUUGAGAUUAAUGAGGAAAUUUGAACGGUAAGUGACAAGGGUAGGGCAGUGAUAGUUUGUACCAACGGCCUUAUAAACCGGCUUAGUUUAAAGGGGCCUUACAACUCAGACUAUGAGCAGUCCCUUAUGUUUCUUAGGGAAAUUAGACCGAUGGAAAUACUCGAGCUCGCGUGAAAAACUGCCGCUUGCGAGGAGAGUUCUGUUUUAACUGUUUUCUGAUGAAUGCAGGUUGUGAGUGGCUGAAAAAUCUCGCGCUAUUUUCUUAACCAAUCAGAGAUAAAAACGUUUCAUGACUUGCUCACACACUUUCCUGCGCUCGCACCAAGUUGCUUUGAUCGCUGAUUUGUUCAUUUGCUUGGAACUUUUUGAAUGAAAAGUUUUACCAUAAUUAUCAUAUUUCUUAUGUAGGCUAAAUUUAGAGAGCUUGAAGGAGACAAUUCAAGAAAAAUACGAGCGAAUCUUGAUGUACUUUGGAAGGGACAUAGAAACAAUACAGAAGAUCUACCAAAGGCAUCGAAACGAUCCGCCGGUAGCCUGGGACCUACCGCCAAUUGCUGGCAAAAUAGCCUGGGCCCGGCAAAUGUACCGGCGGAUUCAAGAACCAAUGGAGAUGUUUCAGAAGUAUCCUACAAUUCUACAAACGCCUGAAGCGAAGAAAAUAAUUAAGAACUACAACAAGCUGGCCAAGGUGUUGCUAGAGUUUGAAGUAUUGUAUCAUCAGGCUUGGAUGCAACAGGUAUGGUAUAAACCGUAAAAACAUAUAGUCUCAGUUUCGCCAUCGGCCAUUUACACCGUAUAUAGCUUCUUGGCUGUCCUUUAUAAAGAGAAAGCUUCGGUGAAAGUUUGCGUCAUUCUUGGUUGCCCUUUUUGUUUCACUUUUGCUUUCUUCUGCGCUGGUUUGAAGGAAUCAUGUAUCGACGUCACGUGAUGUACGCAGUCAAAGAAUUUAUAUUCAACAAUUUUAUUGAGACAGGAUUCUAACUCAUUACCUUGUCGUAACCAGUAACCGUAUGCCCCAAUUAAUCGACAACGUACCCCUGACACGAUAAGAGCCAAAGAUUUUAGCAUCAUCUACACUGUGAAUGGUAGACAAUGUAAAAAUCCCUAUUUGCACGUAGCAAUAAAAAUAUGUAAUGCAAAUGACCCUUUUUUUCCCUUUGCGAUAAAUUACCUGUAAUUGGUUAGCCUUGUGUGUGUGCGCAAAAAAUCCGUGACCGUUUAAUGAAUUCGCGAGAACUGGGAACAGGGAAAAGAAACUGGCCAAUAGCUCAAUAGCACGUCCCCACUUAUGAUCCCAGAAGUCUUUGCGAGAGCUAACUCGGUCCAGUUUCUUCUCUUUGUUAAAUUAGCGAGUUAUUUUUUUUUAAUUUUACAGGUGGAAGUAGCGAAGUCUGGUCUCCAGGCCUCCCUCCUCGUACGACAUCCCGAAACCAAAGAACUGUAUGUGAACUUUGACCCUCAGAUUCUGACACUCAUCCGGGAAUCUGAAUGUAUGGUUCGUCUUGGCUUGGACAUUCCAUUUGGUGCCCAGACAUUGCUCCAGAAAAGACAGGCGAUCAAGAGAAACUACAACAGACUCCAGGUAGUAAAUAAGUUAUAAAGAGGAGAAAUGUUACUUUUUAAUCACACAGGCUCGUCCUACAGUUGACUAAUAGUUUUAAGCAGCUUUUACUACUAGAACAUGAAAAGUAAAAUAUUUAGCUACUAUAAAAAUGCUUCAUGGCUAAACUUGGAGAAGAUGGAAACAGAUAUGUAACUGCGUUAUUUUAAUCUCUCCUACUUUCAGCUUCUCCUAGCUGAGAGCACCCGCGUGCUAGGACGAAUUCCUGCUGCGUUUAAACCACUUAUGUCACCACAUCUCGCUAAAGUAGACGCAGCAGUUGAACCUGGUCUUACCAUGCUGAACUGGACGUCUCUAAGUCUAGAUGCAUACUUAGACAGUGUUUAUGAAGCAUUUAAGGAGCUGGAGCUUCUGAUUGACCGCGCGAAUGACUUGGUCAAGUUCAGAAUUGAAGCUGUGCUGCAAGAGAUGAGUAACACGCCUCUUUGUGAACUGCCGAGCGACGCUCCGUGGACCAUCGAGAAAUUCUUGAAGAACACAGAGGUAUGCUCAAAAAGGAAAUAAAACUUUUAAGUAACAAAUUAGGUUAAAACAAAAUUAGGUUAAUCUCAUUGGAGGUACAGAAGAACCCCGUUAACACACCAACGGGCCAAAAAAUUUGACCUUAUUAACGGGGUGGCCGUAUUAACGAGGGUCUUUACUUUUACAAGAAAAUGUAUGGCGGUUUUUCCAGGCGGCCAAAAAACCAGAAAAGUGGCCGUAAUAACGAGGUGACCAUAUUACUGAGGUGGCCUAAGGCGGGGUUUCACUGUACGAGAAAUCAAACUUUAAACGGUUUUGAUACAAGUCGGUCCAACGUCUGUUUCACAACUUGGUAGUGUUUUUUCAAACUUCUUUGUAUAAUUUUUCAAAUGUUCUCAACUGCACUUUAUAAGUAAAAUGUGUUUCCCUCUGAGAAACGGAAUUUCUCGAGUUUCUAAGAUUUUGUAUAAACGUAGACUAUGGGAAAACCCUCUAUUUUCGGGAUACCGUGUCGUAUCGAGUGGCACACGAAUGGAAACGCAAAAAGGCGCUUGCACGCGCGAUCUCUCACGUCUCACUACGCUUGUCAUUCGAAAUGGAGUGCUUAUUCAUGGGCUAAACCAAGUGGAGUUCGCUUUUACUCGAACUAAGCAUUUGAUGCUGUUUCCUUUUACCAAAUGUUCACAUUUUCAAAAUUGUCUUAUAGGAACUUUGCAAACGAGGCUCCGAGUUACUGGAAUCUAAGAGCGCACGCGUAGAAGAAGCCGCAAAUGAACUAAUUACAAUGCUGCUUGAACUAGACGAAGAAGAAGAGGAAGAGGAACUCAACAGCGAUGAGGAUCAUCAAGAACUAGAAGAUUUACCUAAAGACGAUGAUGAUGAAAAAGAGGCUUUUGCAGGCAGAGGUGAGAGCGCCCGCAGCCGCCCUCGGACAGGCGGCAGUCGUCCUGGUAGCCGUUCUGCUGGCAGUCGGUUAGGGAGCGCCGCCAUUAGUCCAGCUGCUGCUGCAGCGAAACGCAAGCGCGAGGCACGUGAUCAGCUAAAUAUGGAAGCUCAGGAACUACUGACGCACUUUAUUCAUAAGAAUAUCGACGCCAUUGUUCGUGUUACUCGUACCACGUUAGAUGGAAUGAGGAAGCGAGUACAGGCAGCUGUCGCGCACCAUUAUAUAGAAAAAGGAAGUUCUUUAGGACAUGGAAGAGAAAGCGGACCUGACUUAUCUCCGCUUUUCUUGGCGAACGUUACAUUGCAAAUUCCCAACAUUACUAUGCAACCUGCCUUGGAUGAAAUUCAACAAGGGUUAAACAAGGCGGCACAAUAUGUGUUAUCCGUGUCUAAAGGUGUCUCUCAGUGGAAUAAGACUUGUAAAGUGCUUAUGAAAGCCGAGAAGAAAGACAAAGAUGAUUCCGAUAACGAGGCCCGAAGCCGGUCAGCGAGUAACGCUGGCAGCGACGACGAGAGCCGAUCUGACGUUGCGCCUUCCCGACGAGUUACGAGAAUGCCUGCCGACAGUGACGCAGGUACUGUCGUGAGCAUGGCGAUUUUCCCACAGCGCGCGAACUAUUUUAAGAAUGUUGUGGAGAAUAAGGAGAUCGCCAAACUGGUGUCUUUUCUUUCCACGGCUAUCAAUUCUCAAAAGAAAGAUGUGACGACAGCCUUGGAAUUUUUUAACAAGUACGAGCCCAUCUGGAAGGAAGAUCGCCAAGCAGACAUUGCCAAAUUCCUGGAAACUGAGCCUAAGCUGUCUGAAUUUGAGGCCCAGAUAUUAAAGUACAAUGCUUUAGAGGAAACUAUCAUGCGUGAACCAGAGUCCUACAAGGCAGGCGCCAUUGCCUUGUUUACAGGUGUGUGGUUUAAUUUGUUUAUUUACUCACUUAAUUUAAAACUCGCUUUUUAAUUGGCAAAUCAGGUCAAUAACCAGAGUCUAAGACCAUCAACUGACGUGAUCCAACUCACUUUAGCUCUGGAGAUGACUGCCGCACAGUUUUUCGAAACGUCAGUCAUUGUAUUCAGGACUACGCUCGCCCGGACGAUCAUGCUCCACCUACUGAUCACUUUAUAUACUUAUUAUAUUUUUUUCUAUUUAGCAUAAGCGCUUUGUUUAUGGCGAAAGGACUCGAAGUCCCGUUCCAGGUCCAUGCAUUAAAAUAAAAACAGGGAAAUUCAUCCACUGCCUUAUUUUGUUUGCAACAAAUUCAUUAAACAAGUAAAGAAAAUAAUCAUUGUACAAGAGUAACAGUAGUAGAUUGCAAAGCCAUUUGACGGUGACAUAUUAGUGCUAAUUACGUCCUGAUUGAACACAGUUUUCAGUGUUAGCAGGAACAGUGUCCUCGGUUUUUUCUUGAAGCUGUUAUGCUUAUUUUCGAUUUCCCGACGGGAUUUGAGUCCGUGAUAUUUUAUACGCAAGAAGUGCCCUGAAACCGUUGAGCUAAGGAGGAAUAUAUUGUUGGUAGGCUACUGCUGUGCUUAUGUUUGUGUAGUAUUGUAAAUCAGCCCAUAAUUUUAACAAAGGAGACAGACCUCACCACGAUCCUCAAAGGUGAUUCGUGGGUUUCUAUACCAAUUAUCCCCUAGAAACUGAAAGGCAAGGUCUAUUGCACCUAUAAGAGAGGCCGUCCGUUCACCGUAAUGUUUUUGUUCUGUAAUUUCACAGAACGUCUAAAAACAGCUCUUUGUGCAGAGACUAGAGCUUGGUGCGUGGCGUUUGGACAAAACUGCAAUGUCCGCUAUCGAACAGAAAUGGAAGAAAUAUUCACCCUUAUUGAAGACAUCACCAAGCGCCUUAGCCGACCAAUCAAGGACCUUGAUGACAUACGGCACGCAAUGGGUGCGUUAAAGGAGAUUCGAGAUAAAGAGAUCAUGAUUGAUAUGUCUAUUGGGCCCAUCGAGGUAAGUAAAACACGCUACCUACCUACCCCUCCCCUCACCCAAGGUUAGUACUACAAUUUCACUUAAGACAAAAUGUUGCGUUAAGGGAGGGGUGGGUUGGCAGUUUCUAGUUUAAUACUCACACUGAUCAUUCCCUCUUUACAGCCAUUCAAAUGUCAUCGAGCGACUUCUUGGUUCUAAACUUUAGUAUACUUGGUUCUUAGAUUUGUAAGAUUAAGUCACAGCUGUACUUAACAUUAGCUCUUUUUACUGUACCUCUGUUCUUAAGACAUUUAAAACACUUGAGAUGGAUUAUUUAAUUUUUCUCUCAGCACUAAACUAACUGGAGGAAAGAAUUACUGAUUUCGGUCGUUCUCUAGAUGUAUGCUUUUGCGUUAUUCGUUCCUUCUUGGCAGGAAACAAGUCAGAAGCUCAGGGAUACAGUAAUACAUAGCUCAACAGAGUUGGGAAGGUACAACCUUGUUCCCAGGUUCUCUCACCUACCCUGGGAAUGGGGCUGGAAGAGGUAUUGUAAGAGCACUCGGCAAACGGAAGAGUGGCUUUCAAAACGCGUUGGCUGUCAAACAGAUUAAGUGUAUAAGAAGGGAAUACGCCAUAUUAAAACAAAUACUAUUUUUAUUUUAUUAACCUUUUAAAUUAAAUAGUGUUGGCCCGUUUUGUUUUAUAGGAAUCUUAUGCGAUGUUAAAUCGAUACGAGCUUGUCGUCGCCAAGGAAGAGUCGGAGAGGGUAGACACCCUUCGCUACUCAUGGCAGAAACUUCAAUCCCUAGCGGUAAAUACUUUCUUGCGUAUGAAUUGCUUGAACGAAAUAUGCAACGGGUGUCUCCUUGCUGUGGUUUCGAAAACAAAACAAAACAAAACAAUGCAAAGUUCGGCCCAUUAAUCCACUGCUUUUUUUAGGAUCUGCAAAUCUGUCCGUCUAGCUCCCCCUGAACCCCGCCGCCGCCGUGCCUCUUAGAGACGAUGUUAGAUUUCAAAAGAGUACUCCCCUCUAGGCAAAGAAAAAUGAAGAUGUUGUUGUACUCAAGGAAAUUUAUUCUGUACCUUAAGCUUGGAUGUUGGUUUUCUCUUCUUGUAGACGGAAUCUCAAGACCAACUUAUUCAGAUCCAACCCAACUUCAAGGGAGAUCUUAUUGACAAAGUGCAAGUGUUUGUUGUGGAUGUGGCUACGUUUUCUUCUGACUACAAUACGGUAUGUUGGUUGUUUAAGUUCACUUUCCUGUAACCACAAGUGACAGAGCAUUUGCGCUAUUUUAGCUUACCGUCUUAACGUUCCCCAACUGGGUACAGCCUAUCAAAUACUUACGUACUCAUCCGAACCACUUCUCCUAAGUCAUUUCAAUGCCCUGAAUAUAUGUCUUUGUUCCGGGGACUGAGCCCAUUGUCUUCCCCUUUUGCAGACCGCUGGCGCUUCACCAACUGACCUACUUCAGCAGUAGAAAAGUUUCUAUAAGCAAGUUACUUCGUCUUUUUUUUUUUAUUUUAAAACGCGUUAAUCUGUUAGCUUUUGUUUUGCUUUUGUUAGAGUGGACCAAUGAUUCCCAACGUCCCACCGCGGGAAGCUAGUGACAGACUGAUCAUUUUCCAGGUGAGUUUAAAUGUAAUAAUAAAUAUUAUAGAAAAAAGGAAGUCGUGCUAUUUGAAGCUACCAUUUAAUUUGAAGACGUCGUUUAGCUUGUCGUUCCUGUAUGCAAGGGAUUUUUAGAGUCAUCUUGAUAGCUUGUGUGUGAGAAAUUAAUCAGGACCUGUUUACAUGUUUCACGAAACCGGGAAUUUCAUCUUUUGCAAAGAACGGAAAGAAACGUACGGAAUGUUCAGAGUCAUGGUCUUAGUUCAUACAAACCUUCUCUGUUGCCAUGUCAUUUCCUCCGCUACAGUCCAUUUAAACUGUCCAACUGCUGAAACCAGGGUUGCUUCUGUUACCGCAACUAGUUAAUCCACUUUCUCUUUCAGAAUCGAUUUGAUGCUCUGUGGCGAAAAUACAUCACAUAUUCUGGUGGAGAGGAGUUGUUUGGUCUCCCUGUGACCGAUUAUCCAGACCUCAUGCAGAUUCGCCGAGAACUCAACCUCUUACAGAAGCUGUACGGUCUGUAUAAUGACGUCAUCGAUACUGUGAAUGGUUAUUACGACAUACUGUGGGUUGACGUCAACAUAGAAAAGAUAAACGUAGAGCUGCAGGACUUCCAGUCACGGUAAGGAUUAAAAGUGUUUCUAGGAAUGACUUGUGUUUAACUGGGUGGGACAAUGUAGGGUUUUUGCAUAUUAUUGUGAGAUAGGCACAAUAAAACUACAAGAAGCACCACGUAAUAAAAAAAAGCUUUGAGCGGUAACAGAAUAAAGGUUGUAAAACCCUUCUUAAAAGUAACCAUAACCAUGGUGUAGUCGUUGUACUCCUAUACUUAAAUGUUUUAACGAUGUCGGUGGAGUUGUAAUAAGUAUAUUCUAACUCGGAGAGAUUCUAACUUGCAUCAGGUCCUUCAUUUAUGCUACAGAAGUCAUCAAUAGCCUUGAUUUGUAAGCUUUCUCUUUUUUUUUCUCUCCAGCUGCCGGAAGCUUCCCCGAGCUCUGAAAGACUGGCAAGCUUUCCUGGAUUUGAAGAAAACCAUCGACGACUUCAAUGAAAGCUGCCCGCUACUGGAACUGAUGGCGAACAAAGCUAUGAAGCAGAGACAUUGGGACCGGAUAGCAGGGUUAACUGGUCACACAUUUGACAUGGAGUCAGAAACGUUUUCCCUCAGGAAUAUCAUGGAAGCACCAUUGCUGAAAAGCAAGGAAGACAUCGAGGUGUGUGCUCCUUAGUCAUAUCCUUCCAACAGUAUUCUGUUGGCAGCAAUUUUGAAAAAGACGUUUACUCAGUCAGUAACACAGGCGGCACGGAAGAAAGAUUCGAGUUUUCCUAAUAGGAGCGAAACCUAUGAACCUUCUGGUUACUAGUCCAAGUGCUCUACCACUAAGCUACAAGGCCCAGUUGUUUGAAGGCCGAUUAGCGCUUAACCCAGGGUUAAAUCUAACCUGGAUUCUUUUUCUUUUCUUCAAAGGAUUUUCUUGGAUAAUUUUCUCUGUUAUUUUUAAGAGCAUCCGAUCAUCAACUUGUUGACAAAAAGAAUUAAACUGAAUUUCAGAUUACUUUUUAAGCUUUCAUAUCUGAAUUCAAAUUUCGCACUAACCCUGGGCUUUGAACAACCCGGCCCAGGAGAGUCAUGGAAACUAAGACCACUAAACUAAGGAACCUAGUUUAGUGGCUUUAGCUCCCAUGAGUCUCCAGUACCUUAGUUGUAAAGCUUCUGGACUAGUAACAAGAAGGUUCAUAGGUUUCGCUCCUAUUAGGAAAACUCAGAUCUUUCUUCCGACCCGCCUGUGUCACUGACUGAAUAAAUCUUUCUCAUAUAUUCACCAUGCUUAAAAUUCACCAUCACACUUCUGUCAUUGUGACAAUAAAGUGAAAACCUAAAAUAGUUUCGUACUUUUAUGGAUUCGCUAACAGCACAGAGUGUUGUUUCAAAACAACAUAAGAUGUAUUAUGGAAUCGAGUACUUAAAAAUGAUGCAUUAGUAAAGGAAACCACAAAAGUAGUCAAGUUGAUAAAGUGGCUGUUUGAUUUCCAUUGGCAAGAGUUUACACGAAGUUGCUAGGUUCGUUCACUAGGUUAAUGAUCAGUACUGGUUAAGAAGUCAGAAAACCUCCACAAUUUGUAAGCAAUGAUUAGUUUGUUUUUGGUACCCUCGUUCCUUUUCUUUCCUUACUUAAAUCGUGAAUCAAAGACACCUGUAACUUUUUUAAACAAAAGUGCCAGAUAAGAAGUAAAACUUUGUGUGUCCAUAGGAUGUUUGUAUAGCAGCAGUGAAAGAGAAAGACAUUGAGGCUAAGCUUAAGGCCGUCGUUGCUGACUGGAGCACACGUGAACUUACUUUCGCCAACUUCAAGAACCGUGGAGAGCUUCUUCUACGUGGAGACAACACAUCGGAGAUUGUGACGCUAAUGGAAGACAGUCUGAUGGUACUGGGUUCUUUAAUGAGUAACAGGUAAAGCAGAAAUUGUUUAUUUCUGUGAGGUUAUAAAUGCGAUGUCUUGAUAGGAAAAGUUACUGUUCUUUUCGCACUAAAACAGCGCAUUUAAAGUGAAAGCUUAAGGCUUCCUUUCCCCUUCCGCUUGUCUAUUUCUCUCCUAAACGUUUCACCCAUGUCCAUGAUUGAACUGAGUAAUGUUUUGAUAGCCCUGUCCAACUUUUGAACAACUGAGGCCUGGCCGCUCUUUCUAAAACUCAGACUAUCCGCCAGAGACAAGCUGGUUGCCAUGCAAUUGAAUAAACUUUUGGAAAUUUCUAGACAGAGAACGUAGCAGCCAACUUUACUUCAACUGUAAUUUGAGCUACCCUUAAGCAGCCGAGGGUAGGGUAUGCAUGGAAUAUUUCGGAGAAUAGUUGUGUGAUAUCCUGUUCGCUCGUCGAGAAAGUGAUAAUAUGUUGAUCUACGUUUCAGAUAUAACGCUCCAUUCAAGAAGAAUAUUCAGAGCUGGGUUCAAAAGCUUUCCAACACAACUGACAUCAUUGAGAACUGGUUAACUGUACAGAACCUGUGGAUCUACCUUGAGGCUGUCUUUGUGGGUGGAGAUAUCGCUAAACAGCUGCCAAAGGUUGGUGAAAGCUGCAUCUAUUACUUGAAACAAUUGGCCAUCCUCUCUGUUUAAGAUGCCCAUCAUCUCGCCUAUUCUCAAGCGGAUUAUUUUCCUGUUUGUCGUUGUCGCAUUUGUUUAACUUUUACCAACUUAUCUCUGCACCCACCCUCUAAGCAUAUGUGGACUUAAUCUUCAACUAAUUUCUCUCUACCAAAUUCCUUACUGCCUACCGAAUCUUGGUUCUCGAACUGUCGCUUCGGGUAUUUCGAGCUCUAUAUGUUGUUAAGAGAUAUAAAGGAUGAAGGAUGGUGGUGAGUGAUGCCUCUUGGGAGGCGUACAAAUAUAGAGGUGCAAACUCUUCUGCACACCGCAUUUAUGGAUCUCGUUGGAGCUUCCACUUCCAUUGUUUUCCUAUAUAUGGUAGUAACUGGCGGAUCCACCUUAAGUUGUUUCCAGCUUUAGAGCGGCAAACUAGCUCAUACAGUUUAUCUCGCCCUUUCACUAUUUGACAAUUGUACUUAACACCCGUUUUAUUUUACCUUUUAGGAAGCCAAACGGUUUCAGAACAUUGACAAGCAGUGGGUUAAGAUUAUGACCCGAGCGCAUGAGAAUGCUAAUGUGGUGCAGUGCUGUGUGGGAGAUGAAACCCUCGGGCAACUGUUACCUCAUCUCUUGGAACAACUGGAACUCUGUCAGAAAUCACUUAGUGGGUAUGUGAAGUUAAAUGAAGCACAUUUGCGAAAUAUUUCAUAGUGAUGAUGUCUGGUAAACUCGGUAGGUCAAACAGCACCCCUCACAAGCCAGUAAUAGGAAGCUGUCCAUUUGGAUAAAGUAGUGGGACGAAUGGUUUUAGAAGACACUGCUGUAAAGUUUAUCGAGUAAUAUAAGCGUAAGCAGAUUGAAUGGAGUACCCAUGCGUGAACUUUAAUUUAACAUCACAGUUGUCGAUUAAUGCAGUUAUUUAUUUGAAAAGUUAGAGUUUGUAUCUGGUUGCAAGAAGUUAGAUGGUAGCGUACAGCUGUCCAGAGACUUACUUUGUAUUUGCUCAUUCUUUUUCAGAUAUCUGGAAAAGAAACGUCUUGUUUUCCCAAGGUUUUUCUUUGUUUCCGAUCCAGUCUUGCUGGAGAUUCUCGGACAAGCUAGUGAUUCACAUACCAUUCAGGUAAAACUUACUCCGAUAAACAUAUUCACUUUGAAGUUUUUGGCCCAAACUCUUAUUGUCAGUCAAGCAACGGCUCUGCUUGUAAUGGCUUCGAAUAAAGGUAUUGUACGCGAGUAAAAAGGCUUUACUAAGGCCUUUAAUUAUUUAUAUUUGUCGUCCAUGUUAUAGGCACACUUGCUGAACGUAUUUGAUAAUACAAAGAUGGUGAAGUUCCACGAGAAAGACUAUGAUCGAAUUCUUGCCAUCAUCUCGUCAGAAGGUGAAACGAUAGAGGUGAGAUGGGAUAUUUCGUGCAUUAGUUACUUGCUGUUUUAUUCACUUCCGUCAAGUGUCCCCUUUCUUUGUACAACAAAGACGUUUUACAAAAAGUACAAUGAUAAUUAAAAAUGAGAUCAGUUGAUAAAGUGGCUGAUAGUCUAACGUGUACUUUGUUGCUUGAUAACUGAAUUAUCGAGGCUGUGGUUAAUUUUCUGCUGUUUGUGUACACUGUGUCCUUCAGCUCGAAAAACCUGUUAUGGCACAAGGAAAUGUGGAAGUUUGGCUGGGAACCUUGUUACAAUUGUCACGCAAGUCAGUCCAUGGCGUGAUUCGCACGGCGCACACUGCUGUACAAGACCAGGGGUUCAACCUGCUGGAGUUUCUCAGCACUUUCCCAGCCCAGGUAUGUAGAGAUGCAUUUGGGUAACCUGUAAUCACGCUCUGAAGUCUCAUUUACACCUACAUGUAAUAACUUCUGUCAUCGUGCAAUAGCGCGUGUACGCCUGAGUGUACCUUCUUUGUUUUAUAAAAUAAUAAAUAAUUCCGAGGUUUAUUAAGGAAUGUUCAUGUUAUGAGGUUAAUAUUUCAUUUCUUUUUGCGGCUGUGUUUUGGUUAUUUGAUUUAGUAACUUAAAUAAAUUUUACAGGUCGGCUUGUUAGGAAUCCAAAUGAUUUGGACCAGAGAUUCAACAGAAGCGCUAACGAAUGCAAAAUACGACAAAAAGGUCAUGCAACAAACCAACACAGCCUUCCUGGAACUGCUAAAUGUAUUAAUCGAGCAGACGACAAAAGAGCUUACCAAGGUUGAAAGAACAAAGUUUGAGACGCUUAUCACUAUUCAUGUGCAUCAGCGAGACAUCUUUGAUGAUUUGGUAAGUGAAAUAAAACCUCAGCGAUUUUCAAUUUUUUAAUGGUGAAUAUUCAAACUUUCCUCCUUUUAGCGUGUUCUUGCUGGCUUAAUUGUAGAUUAAUUUAAAAUAAAGCACUUAACUUCUACUCACCAGAAUUUUCUCUGUUUUUGUCUUUGGACAUUUAAACAUCCACAUACUCCUUACAUACGCAUAGCGUGAAAAAGUAUUCUAUUAGCUUAAAAACUCAUGUACAUACAAGGGUUCAGAUGAACCCCUAUUAGAUAUUAGUCUUUUUCUCUAAAGAAUUUGUAUUUGAUCCCUCCUUUUGGUCUUACUAGUACUUCUUCUAUGUUCAAACGUCUUUUUCAGUGUCGUAUGCACAUCAAGACUCCAGGAGACUUUGAAUGGCUUAAACAAAUACGCUUCUACUUCAACGAUGACACGGACAGGUGUAUGGUUUCUAUAACGGACGUUGACUUCAUUUAUCAGAACGAAUUCAUUGGCUGCACGGAAAGACUUGUCAUCACGCCAUUAACUGACCGUUGCUACAUAACAUUGGCACAAGCUCUUGCAAUGUCCAUGGGUGGUGCACCAGCUGGACCCGCUGGAACAGGAAAAACAGGUUUGAUUUGUGAUGAUUAAACUUGGAUAGUUUCAUAAAACGCUGGCACUGUGUCGCUCAAAACGUGGACCAGUGUGGGUCAAUGUGGAAGGUCUAUUGGCAACGAUGGACAUUCAGCGGCUGAAACUGGUUAGAUUUUAACGCUAGUGUUUAAGGUAGUGGACUGAAGUAUUUGUUUUGAAACCUCCAAAAGGUUUGAGCGUACGGCACGGUACCUGGCACAAGCGUUAAACAACUUUGAAUCAGAUUUAUUUUUGUGGAGAAAUAUUAGGCAACACUUGAAAAUACCGGUUACGUAGUCAAUAUUGUAUUACAUAAUUAUUUGUCCUCUUUUAACAGAGACUACAAAAGACAUGGGUAAAGCGCUUGGUAAAUAUGUCGUUGUGUUCAACUGCUCUGAUCAAAUGGACUACCGAGGACUUGGUCGAAUUUUCAAAGGUGUGGUUAUGUAAUUCCUCACAUUAUUUCCCUGAGUAAAUAAAGAUAAACCAAUAAAAAUGGGCGUAAAGGAAUGCCUAUGGAGUUUUUAGUUAUUCUUAUUCCUAGUAAAUGACACUUGCUAAUAUAAUGGAUGAUAAUCAACUGAUAAUUGUUUGGUGUUUUAUAGGCCUUGCCCAAUCUGGAAGCUGGGGUUGUUUUGAUGAGUUCAACCGUAUUGACCUCCCUGUGUUGUCAGUAGCAGCCCAGCAGAUCUACAUUGUGCUCAUGUGUAAGAAGGAGCGGAAGAAGCAGUUUAUAUUCUCCGACGGCGAUGUAGUGGAUAUGAAUCCUGAAUUUGGUAAUAGAGUAGCAAUGUACAUAAAAAUAAAUCAAUUUUAAUUUGAGUUUGGAAAGAAAUGUGGCAAACAGGCUGUCUUUUUUGCUUCCUGAUGCGUUUAGCGUAUAAAUGCAUGCAUUGGCAGUUUCUUGCUCACGGAUUCAUUUUGAGGGAAAAAGUACCAUAUCUAAAAAUUAUAAGGUUACCCGGGAUGGUUGUUAUUCCUUGUUGUCGUAAUCGUACAUUUCAUUUAAGUGCCGCUGAAAAUAGUUGAUUUUAAAAUGGCUUUUCUUUACUGGUUUCUAAAAAUACAAUAUACAUCUCUGUUUAGGGAUUCAUAUUGUUCGGCGUACUAAAUAUGACCCUGAUUUCGCCUUCAUUCCAGGUAUCUUCUUGACAAUGAACCCAGGGUACGCUGGUCGCCAAGAGCUGCCUGAGAAUCUUAAGAUCCAGUUCCGUACAGUGGCAAUGAUGGUCCCUGACAGACAGAUCAUCAUUCGUGUGAAGCUUGCAAGCUGCGGUUUUAUUGACAAUGUGACUUUGGCCAGGAAAUUCUUCACUCUGUACAAACUCUGUGAAGAACAGCUGUCCAAACAGGUACUAAUCUUAAAUUGAUGGAUAUGUCGUAGUUCUUGAUUUUUUUUAUUUCAGUUAAUUUUUAUGUGUCCAUUGUUUUUGGGUAUGGUAAUGUAUGCUAAUGAACAAAAACAAAAGAAAAACAUAUAUUAACUAAAAUAAAAAAUUAACUGCAACGGAUACAUGUACUUUCUGUGCCCUACUCCCUGUCCUUCUUGCCUCGCCUUACUUAUUACGGCACUUGUUUUUAUUUGUUUGCUUAUUUAUUUAUUUUAUUAUUUUUUCAGGUGCAUUAUGAUUUUGGCCUGAGGAACAUUUUGUCUGUUUUACGAACUCUGGGUGCUGCAAAACGGCAAAGUGUCGGGGACAGUGAGAACACGAUUGUUAUGAGAGUGCUCAGGGAUAUGAACCUCUCCAAACUGGUAAGAUACUUCAAACUAGCGGUAUUGAAAGAAAAAUCAUCUUUAAACGAGGUUAACUCUUCUGGUUAGGUCAAUGUCCUUGUAUUUCAGGUAGAAACGUUGAUGGUUAAGGCUCUCGCCAACUGAUAUGGGUAGAAAUGUUCCUCCUAUUUCGUUCCCUACAAGAAAAAAAAUCGAUCGCAUGCAAGUGCGUCUAGUGUAAAGUUCUUUUUUUAUAUCUAAACAUGGUCUUUUAUCAUAGAUUGACGAAGACGAACCAUUGUUCUUAAGUCUUAUUAACGAUCUCUUCCCUGGAAUUGUGUUGGACAAAGCCGGGUAUCCUGAAUUAGAACAAGCGAUAGCCAGCCAGGUUGAAGAGGCUGGACUUAUCAACCAUCCGUCAUGGAGACUGAAACUUAUCCAGGUAACAGCCCUUUAGAAAAAAAAAAAUUGAAAACCUUGUUGUGUUUUGCUUGUUUUUGUCUCAUUUCCCUCUGUAAUCAUUAGGUCUUUUCCUUCACUUAGCGUGAAUUAGACACAAUUGUACAUGUUUGUUUAUCUUCUGACUGGUUUUGAUAAAUGCUUAAGCUUAUUCACUGAGGGUAAUUCUUUGUCAAUUGUCUCAGUCAAACUAGAACGUAUUCUACACGAGUGUCUACCGCACGAUUUUGAUAAUUAACACUUGUUCUUUGAUAUAGAUAAGACCAUGUUACGAAUUUCUUGCAGUUAUUUGAGACUCAGCGAGUGCGUCAUGGAAUGAUGGUACUCGGCCCCAGUGGUGCAGGUAAAACUAAUUGUAUCCACGUCUUGAUGAAAGCAAUGACAGAUUGUGGGACACCACACAGAGAAAUGAGAAUGAACCCCAAAGCCAUCACUGCACCUCAAAUGUUUGGACGAUUGGAUGUCUCUACUAAUGACUGGACCGACGGUAUCUUUUCGACACUAUGGAGGAAGACGCUUCGUGCUAAGAAAGGUGUGUACCCCUCGCACAGAAAGUAGGUAAAUUUUAUGACCAAUAAAUUUUCUGAUAUGACUAUUUCUACUCUAGAGCAAGAAAUAUUCCAUUACAACAUUCCUUUACAUGCAAUUUUUUCAGCAAUAAAGCGUGAAAACUUAACAAGAUAUUUACUUAAAGACUAAGAGUUGGGUAAACAAAGAGAAAGCUACAUCGCCGUCUAGCUCAUUGAAUCGCGAACCAAACCAACUUACGGUAGUUUUUCUGGAAUUUUGACUUUGAUUCCUCUUGAUUUUUGUUCCUAAGGGGAGCGUAUCUGGAUUGUGUUGGAUGGGCCAGUAGAUGCCAUCUGGAUAGAGAAUCUAAACAGCGUAUUAGACGAUAACAAAACACUCACUCUAGCAAAUGGAGACCGAAUUCCAAUGUCACCUCAAUGUAAGAUCAUCUUUGAGCCUCACAACAUCGAUAACGCCUCACCGGCCACUGUUUCUCGGAACGGGAUGGUGUACAUGAGCUCUUCUGGAUUGGAUUGGAGACCUGUUCUUCAGGUAAAAAUGGCGUGCAAAUGCUGAGUCUCUUUCACUUGGCUCAGAAAUCGUGCCUUGCGGGCAAGCUCUUCCUAACCCAUCUUCCUAGCCUCCCUAGCCUACCUAUCUGGCGAUUUUUAAAUUUAAAGCUUGCUUGGAGCUUACAGAAAUUACAGAGAUUACUGGCAGGUUUUUUCUUUUUUUUUUAAAAAAAAAAAGACCCUACAGCCUUUUUUCCUUGGCAUGCCCUUGAAAGUUAAAGUGUAGUAAAUCUUUAUUUGUCAAGUGCACAUACUGUAUGGUUGUCAGUAGGUUAAUCCCAUUUGAAUUUCUCCUUUGAAGUCUUAUCACUGGGUGCUUUUCAUUCAGCUCAAAAUUCCGGAAUUUUCGGUUAGAAAUCAAAUGGAACGGACCAUUUCAGUUCGGUCCGACCGGAAUAUUUGGGAACACCUUUGAAGGUGGUCCACUUUGACUGGUCUGGUCAUUUCUUUCGGUCGGUCGGACCGAAAUGUCCCUUUCCAUUUGACAAAAUUGUUGUCCCCAGUGCCGCUCUUUUGAAUCCUGCUUACAAGAACAAUAACCAAACGCGCGGUGGCUUGGGUCGGGUCUGUGUAACUGGAAUGUACCGUUUUAUUGGGCACGUGGAAUUUUCGAAAUUUCAACCGGAAUUUUUGCUUAAUGGAUAGCGCCCACGUUUUCAUAGUCUUGUGGAUAUUUUUUGUCAAUUGUCUAAAGGAUGUCGCUCGAAAAACUCAACAAUUGCCAAUGAAUCGUUGGUAUUUUUUUUGCCGAGGUUUUGUUGUAAUGUUAAGUGUAAACAGGUUAAAUAACAUGUUGUGUCAAUCUUUCUCGUAAUCUUAACCCUAACACUCUUGCUGAUAUCUCCCCAGGCGUGGCUGAACAAACGGCCAGAAGCUGAGGCAGAGGUCUUGAAAGGUCUGUUUGACAAGUCAUUCGAUGAAAUCAUGCGCUUUGCCCGGGAAAACUGCGUCUUUAAAAUGGACAUUUUGGAACACAAUUAUAUCAUGCAGGUAGGUACCUGCACUUUAGAGUACGUGGUCUCAUAUUUACAAUGUAAGGUCUUGAUUACGUGGACUGGUGGUCGGUGUUCUCGCACUAAAGCCCCAGCUUGCCCCUUCUUGUAUACCAUAGUUACAUCUAUGGCAUUCGCAAUGUCCGUUCUUAGUGUGUAAUAUUUAUAAUAGAACAACAACUGUGUUUGCAUGCAUAUGAUUUCGACAACAUUCCAACAGGAAAUGUUAUUGUAGUGGUUUUCGUUCCUUUUUAGGCUCUGACUAUUCUGGAAGGUCUGAUUCCCAAGAAAGAAGACGGAACCAACGUCUCGGAAUCCCAUCUGGAGAGGCUUUACAUCUUCUGUCUCAUGUGGAGUAUUGGAGCGCUGUUAGAGCUGGAUGAUCGAGCCAAGAUGGAGGAGUUCACAAGAGGAAACUUUGAACUAGAUCUGCCUCCCAUUGACGAGGGAUCAUUGGACACGAUUUUUGAGUUUCUGGUUAACGAAACAGGUAGUUAAAUCCUAGGCUCUUCGAAAGAGUUUGCUGGAACUCAUUUGGUCAUUGUAAAGUCGUUCUUUUAGCGAGGUAGUUUAAACAUCAUUGGAUAGUAUGGAUCUGUUAAGCUGUUUGGUUGAUGUUAUUUCGUCUUGUUUUACGCUUCGAAGAAAAGGGAAAAAACAUGUCAUUUUGAUUAUUGUUUGACUGCCAGUGACGGGCUUUUGAAAACAUAGUUAUAUGAAACCUAAAAAUAGUUACUGUAAAGGACGCCUUUUUGUCGAUUUCUUGUUCUUUACUUUUGACGUCCUAGCUCUUACUUUUAAACUCGGUGACUAGUAUGGGCAACUAUUUUGCUCUUUUUGUGUAUCUUUAGAUAAAUGGUCGACCGUAGUAUAUUCUAGCUGUGUCGGUGUGGUUAGAAUCAUAUACAAGUGUCCAGCUUUCCUGUGCUUUUCGGCUGGGUAGUGUAACCAGUAACCGCGCACUUAUACUGAGCGUUUUAUUCUGGUGUAUUUGAAAUCAUAGGCGAAUGGGAGCACUGGAACAAUCGUGUGGAGGAAUACAUAUAUCCGAGAGAUCACAACCCUGACUUCCUUUCCAUCCUUGUUCCAAACGUGGAUAACGUGCGCACGGACUACCUCAUCCAGAUUGUGUCCAAACAGGGAAAGGUAGGUUACCAUAUUGAUCGAGAGAACUGAAAUCAUCCAAGCAAAGAUAACUCACUCUCACUCAACCACUUCAUUCCGGUUGGAACAGAAGGCCGCAAUCAAAACGUCGCCACUCAACCCUGUCCUGAGCUGUGACCUGUGCUAUGGCCAGCGCUUCACCCCAUGUUAGACCCAUCUUCCCAGCUCUUUCAUCACUGUUCUCCGCCAGGUGUUUUUUUUUUUUGGCCGGCCUCUUUCCUCCUCCAAGUUGGACCAUCUCAUGGCAUCUUUGGGUCCCAGCAGUCUUCACCUUUAACUCGCUUUAACUCGCUCUUUUUUUUUCAGGCUGCUUUGUUAAUCGGCGAGCAAGGCACAGCUAAGACAGUCAUGAUCAAGGGGAACAUGGGGAAAUACGAUCCUGAAAGACAUUUGAGUAAGAGCUUUAACUUCUCCUCGGCGUCCACCCCACUGAUGUUCCAGCGGACGAUUGAGAGCUACGUGGAUAAGCGAAUGGGCAACACGUACGGCCCUCCUGCUGGCAAAAAGAUGACAGUGUUUAUUGAUGAUAUCAACAUGCCUAUUAUCAACGAAUGGGGAGACCAGGUUUGCUAAUACGCGUUCCAUGUCGCAUUUUAGCCUAAAACAUGCUGUACAAGAAUUGUUGUUUCCAAUGUUACACGAUUAAGUUAAACGUGCUCUAACACUGGUCUUAUGAUUUAUCAGGUAACCAAUGAAAUAGUCCGUCAAGUUAUGGAGAACAAGGGUUUUUAUAAUCUAGAGAAACCCGGUGACUUCACAAAUCUGGCAGAUAUCCAGUUCCUAGCGGCCAUGAUCCAUCCCGGCGGUGGAAGAAAUGAUAUUCCACAGCGACUCAAGAGGCAGUUUAGCGUUUUCAAUUGUACUCUUCCAAGCAACAACUCCAUUGAUAAGAUCUUCGGUGAGUUGCUUGCAAUAUUUCCUGCUUUCGGACUGUUCUGUUUCUGUUAAAUUUAGUUCGUUUGAAUUUGCCGUCGCAAGAGCACCCUUGCAAUUUAGAAAGUUAGUGCGACAUAUUCGGUUUCGGUUGUACUUUUGUAUAAAGGACAGGACUCAGGGAAGGGAUAACGACCGUGCGAACGUCAAGCGUUGUAUUCUACACUUUAAAAAAAGAUGAUUUGAUGAAAGUCCUGGUGUAUCAUCCUGUUAAUUUUUUUUUUCACGAACAAUCUUGAUGCUUCCCUCUAUAGAAGGGAAAAAUCUUUUAUUUGCGACUAAUGCCUACCUUUUUAUUGCGGUAACGAUGCUUUGUUUUUUGUUUUUGUUGUUGUUUAAUAGGUGUUAUUGGCAGUGGCCAUUUCUGUUCGGAGCGUGGCUUUUCCAGUGUUGUUCAAGAACUUGCUAACAAACUUGUUCCCUGUACUCGUAGACUCUGGCAGCUGACUAAGGUACUCAAGAGAUAAUUAUCUUACGGAAUAUAAAGAUCUUACGUUCGGUAUCAGAAAAGGCAACAGGAAGGUUGUUCAUCUAGUGAAAGACGGGAUUUGAUUUUCUGAAAGAUAAUUUCUUGAUGGAUGCUACAGAUUUCCAAUUCUGAAAAGUUCACACUUUCCAGAACGCAGGAACACUCGUUAUACAGGAUUUAUUAAGAGAUGGUGUGACAUGGAAAUAUAAUGAACAAAGGCAUUAAUUGUAUUUCUGAUUCGUAUUCACUUUUACUAUCACAUUCACAUAAGCACUAAUAUUUAUAUUCAAAUUCAAUUUCUCGUUGACGUUAAAUCGACAUUAGCGUUCACAUACAUAUUCAUAUCCAGUCAGGAAUGGUCCCCUGGUCCCGGUUGUUCAAAGUUGGAUAGCGCUAUCCAGCGGAUAAACGGCUAUCCAGCGGAUAAACGGCUAUCCAGCGGAUAAACGGCUAUCCAGCGGAUAAACGGCUAUCCAGCGGAUAAACGGCUAUCCAGCGGAUAAACGGCUAUCCAGCGGAUAAACGGCUAUCCAGCGGAUAAACGGCUAUCCAGCGGAUAAACGGCUAUCCAGCGGAUAAACGGCUAUCCAGCGGAUAAACGGCUAUCCAGCGGAUAAACGGCUAUCCACCGGAUAAACGGCUAUCCAGCGGAUAAACGGCUAUCCAGCGGAUAAACGGCUAUCCACCGGAUAAACGGCUAUCCAGCGGAUAAACGGCUAUCCAGCGGAUAAACGGCUAUCCAGCGAUAAACGGCUAUCCAAAAACGGCUAUCCAGCGGAUAAACGGCUAUCCACCGGAUAAACGGCUAUCCAGCGGAUAAACGGCUAUCCAGCGGAUAAACGGCUAUCCACCGGAUAAACGGCUAUCCAGCGGAUAAACGGCUAUCCACCGGAUAAACGGCUAUCCAGCGGAUAAACGGCUAUCCAGCGGAUAAACGGCUAUCCACCGGAUAAACGGCUAUCCAGCGGAUAAACGGCUAUCCAGCGGAUAAACGGCUAUCCACCGGAUAAACGGCUAUCCAGCGGAUAAACGGCUAUUCACCGGAUAAACGGCUAUCCAGCGGAUAAACGGCUAUCCACCGGAUAAACGGCUAUCCAGCGGAUAAACGGCUAUCCACCGGAUAAACGGCUAUCCAGCGGAUAAACGGCUAUCCACCGGAUAAACGGCUAUCCACCGGAUAAACGGCUAUCCAGCGGAUAAACGGCUAUCCACCGGAUAAACGGCUAUCCAGCGGAUAAACGGCUAUCCAGCGGAUAAACGGCUAUUCACCGGAUAAACGGCUAUCCAGCGGAUAAGUGGUACAAAGACCAAUGGCGUUAUCCAAUGGAUAGUGAUUUAUCCAGCAGAUAGCGCUAUCGAUCUUUUGAACAACUGGAGACAGGUCUUGUUUUUGCUUGCCAGUAAUUACUAGGCAAUGUGCUUCGUGAAGUUUUCAUUUUAUUUCACUAUAACAAUGAAAUAUUUGGUAGUGAUAAACAUAGUCUUAUUCAUACUCGAUAUCUCAAAAUAGUUUCACUUUUUUUUAGAUCAAAAUGCUUCCCACGCCAGCCAAAUUUCACUACAUCUUUAACCUGAGAGAUUUGUCCAGGAUAUGGCAAGGUAUUCUCUACUGCAUCUCUGAAGUGGUAUCGACUGAGCAGUCGUUGAUGUCUCUAUGGAAACACGAGUGCAUCCGAGUCAUUUCCGAUCGUUUCACGAAUCAACCUGACAAGGACUGGUUUGAGAAGACAAUGAAGCGUGUUAUCGGCGAGGAACUCGGAGAAGACUUACAGGCGAUGAUCGAGGAUCUACCAUAUCUGGUGGACUUUUUGAGGUUUGCUCCUGCUUUGUUUAGCUUAGUAAUUUCUCCGCAAACUUGACUUUUUAAUGUCUUUGUUAGACCAGCACAAAAUUCCAAUCUGUUGGUAAACUGUGAUUGUGGGUAUUAGCUUUGACGACUGAUCAACACCAUAUCGUGAAAGUGGCCUAACUUGCCACUUUCACGAUGACGACAUUUGACUACAACUACAAGAAUUCAUUUUGUUUUUGCUUUCUCAUUUCGAUUUGUCAAUCCCGCCGAGCCUUGAAUAACAAGCCACAAGAAAACAUCAAACUGAAGGAUUCUGGUAGUUAGAGUGAAUCGACGUCAUCUUUUAAUUGUCCAGUUACGUUGUGUUUUUUAGGGAUGCGCCAGAAGCCACAGGUGACGAGCCAGAAGACGCUGACUUUGAAACUCCAAAGGUUUAUGAACCGGUAAGAAAACAAUUCAAGAAUUCGUAAUCAAUUUUUAAUGUUCGAAUCCCUCGCCGCGAGAACUCGUCGCAGUGAAAAUCCAGAGAUAUAUAUAACUGAAACUUCUACGAUUGAAGCUACGAAUGUUUUCUGACUUUGUGUUGUUUUAACCUUCCUUUCAUGUUGUUACUAAGGUUGUCAUAAUUUUUUUUGCUAGUGCUGUCUUUGUAUUUUUCCGUCAUUAAUUUUGCUCUUUUCUUUAUUUCAAUCUUUAAGAUUCCAUCCUUCGAAGGCCUUGAAGAAAGACUCAAGAUGUACUUGGAGCAGUACAAUGAGAGUAUCCGAGGCGCCGGCAUGGAUCUUGUGUUUUUCAGAGACGCCAUGAUUCAUCUUAUGAGGGUAAUAACAUUUCACACACGCCUUCUACCUUUUUCUACAGUGGCUGACCAUCAUCCACAUUGUAGGAUCAUCCAUGACUAAAUUGUUAUUACUAACAUGUAAUGUCUAUAAAGUCGCUUGCCUCAUUUGGUCCUCUUUGUCUUUUAGGAGGAUCUUUGAGUCCUUAAUAUAUUUAUGCCCUGCAAUAGCAUUUAAAGCACAGUUCGCACGAUUAUACUCUGUAGAUAGACGUCAGUUACACACUCUUUCUCUUCCUUUUACAGGUGUCCCGUAUAAUUCGCACCCCGCGUGGUAACGCCCUCCUGGUCGGGGUAGGUGGUUCUGGAAAGCAGAGUUUGACGCGGCUGGCUUCGUUCAUAGCUGGCUACAAAACCUUUCAGAUCACUCUGACAAGGUGGGGGCUUUAUAUAAACUCUCAUUGAUGUAUAUUGGCAGAGAAUGCAUUAACGCGCUCAGUUAUGCUACUGAUAUUACACGUAGGAAAUAAGUUCUUUCCCGCGUCGUGGAUUCUCGUUAAGCGUUAUCACAACGUAGACAGUUCUAAGGCAGUUGACUAGGAUGGUCAGUUUCCUUUUAUUACUACCUUUAGCGAGUUCCAGUUUUGUACGGAGGUAUUUGUAUUUGAAUGAUCAGUGUAAAAACAUUCAGCCUUCAGUCAUUUACAUCUUUCCCAUCCGAUUUUCUUUAUCGAAGUCAUCUGUAACUCCGUUCUUUUGUUCAAACGGUCAAUUUGCCAAUGGUACAGUUGUUACUAAAGAGCAAGCAAACUGUCAAUUUACCUGUCACUUAAUGGAUCAGUCAGUCAGUCAGGUUAUCAGCCAGCCAGCCAGUAGCCAGUGACUACAGCAACCAACCUGUCAGUUAAUCGGUCAGUCAGGUUGUCAGUCAGCCUGUCAGCGAGCUAGUAGUCAGUGACUAAAGUAACCAGACAACCUUUAAAUCGGACAGUAUGUCAGGCAGGUUUACGAGUAGCAUUAUGUAUAGGCAAACAAUUCUAACCGGUCAAUUAAUAUAUCAGUUAGUCAGUCGGGCAAUUGUCAGUCAGCCAGCCAGUGACUGAAACAACCAGGCAACCUUCGGAUCAGAUAGUAAGCCAGCCAGGUUCGUGAUUUGUACUCAUUGUGGAAAAACAAUUCCUCGUAGUCUUCUGUUGACGUGGUUUUUAUUUUACAUUUCAUAGGUCUUACAACGCUUCCAACUUGAUGGAAGACCUCAAGUAUCUUUACCGAGUGGCAGGAAUGCAGGGCUUGGGAAUAACAUUCAUCUUCACCGACCAAGAAAUCAAAGAAGAGGGCUUCCUUGAGUACCUCAACAAUCUUCUAUCCUCCGGCGAAAUAUCCAAUCUUUUUGCUCGCGAUGAGAUUGACGAAAUCUGCAGCGAGCUGAUACCUGUGAUGAAGAAGGAAUUUCCCAGGCGACCACCGACAGGGGAAAAUCUGUACGACUACUUCCUGACGCGAGCCAAGCACAAUCUUCAUGUUGUUCUGUGUUUCUCGCCGGUAUGUUCAUAUUCUACAUAAAUAUCGAGACCACAAAGCUCCGCCAUAAACUUCGAAAGAUGUUGUGCUUUUUGUGUCUAAAAAUUGAAUAGAAAACAAAUACAUUCGUAUCCUCGACAAGGAUCGAUCUCAUCAAGAUCAGCUCCCAAGCUCAUCUUUUUCUCCUUUUUUUUUUUUUCGUGUUCAGGUCGGUGAGAAAUUCCGCAACAGAUCACUCAAGUUUCCUGGUCUAAUCAGCGGAUGUACGAUGGACUGGUUCAGCCGCUGGCCAAAAGAUGCUUUGAUUGCUGUAGCAGAUCACUUUCUGUCCAAUUUCGAGAUCGUUUGUGUGCCUGAAGUCAAACAACAAGUGGUGCAUGCUAUGGGUGUGUUUCAUGACGGUGUGGCCAUAAGCUGCACUGAUUAUUUUCAAAGGUGAGAGAUGUCCAAUUAUAUUCCUUUCAGUUUUCCUAUCGUGUUAUGCUAUGUAGCAUGACUGAUUUUCUCCGUAUAGACAUAUAGUAUCGCGUAUGGGUACCUCUCCUAUCUUUUUUGAGUCCAUUGCUGUUCAGGAAUUGUCCUAAAUACCUUUGUAGAUAAGGAAUAAAACCAGGACAAUAUAUUGCCAAUUGUAACCCCUUGAAUUCUUGUCAGCGACGAUAAUUGCUAAACGCUUCUUGGAAAAUUUCAAUUGUUGUAAUUAAUUUAAACACAUUUAAAGAAAUAAAAUAAAAUAAAAAUUAGUGGGAAGCCAUUUACUUUUGUAAACUCACCUUUAUUGAGAGCAAUUUUGAAGAAGUUCUUAUGUCCAAACAAUACUCUUGUUCAUGAUCAAAAAGAUCGGUUCUGAAAUUCUUUCUUGGUCGUUUACUCUUUUGUGUCUCUACUUUAGAUAUCGUCGCGCGACACACGUUACUCCCAAGUCCUACCUUUCCUUCAUCAAUGGCUACAAGUCCAUCUACUCUUUGAAACGAGAACAAAUUGGCGAGCUGGCACGGAGAAUGAACACUGGUUUAGACAAGCUCGUAGAGGCCAGUGAGUCUGUAGCUCAACUUUCUAAAGAAUUAGCUGUGAAAGAAAAGGAGUUGGCCGUGGCAUCGGAGAAGGCUGAACUGGUAAGAUUCAUUAUACGGAUUGUUUCAUUCGAGCAAUGCUUUUCGAAAAGGGAGCCAAGAUAAACGGAAUGGAGGCUUUCUUCAUUUUUUUUCCUGAAUUGAACCAAGUAUCAGAGUAGGUUUGACCCCACAAUUCUGGAUGAGAGUAGAAACCUUUUUUUUUAUGUAAACUGUUUCAGUUGAAAUGCAACAGAACUAGUAUCAAUUAUAUAGUUGAACAUCUAUUUAGAAGCCUUGGGCACUCUAAGUCACCAACUCAGUAACUCAAACCUAACCGGCCAACCUUUUGUAAGUGACCACUUGUUUCUUCUUCCAAGAUGGCCACUUAAUAUAGGUUCAACUGUAAAAUGAAAACGAGUGUCGAAGGGUCUUAAACCUGAAACCAUAUCCUUUAAGUCUGCAUCAAAAACAAGACUAUUGCUCGAAAGUUUGAAGGUCAGAUCCCUAUAAGUUUCGCAAGCAUUAGUAAUCAUUUCAGAGGGAAGGUCAAAUGCUUAAAAGAGUGUUGAAUCUGUUAUAAGGCUUCAGCUUAUAUUUUUGACCCACUUCUGGCGGUUGAUAAGAUGAAACACUCCUACCCGUGUGAAAUGUUUCAGUUAAAUGUUAUAACCGACCGGUAACACUGUUUUCGACAGGUGCUUAAAGAGGUUACAGUGAAAGCUCAAGCUGCAGAGAAAGUCAAAGCUCAGGUUCAGAAAGUCAAAGACAAAGCUCAAGCUAUUGUGGACGAUAUUGCGGUAAGUUAUGCAUCCGAUUGACUGUUCAUAGCGAGGUCGAGGGUGGGGUCUCGGCUAACUUAUGGUGACUUUGGCGCCUUGACAGCCAUCUCGCAAUCCUGUUGAAUAGCAAUUUGUCUCCAUGCUUAUAAUUCCACGCCUUAUCCCGAAACCCUCGUUUUAAGAAUCUACUCUGAUGAACAGUCAGGUCCGUAAACAAGGCAACUUUCUGUAGAUCGCUGGGUGCCCCGAAAAAUUCUCUGAAGUAACAUUGAUAAUACUCACGCGUCUUCUGUAACAUUGUGUUGUCAUUUUUAGGCCGAUAAAGCUGUUGCUGAAGAAAAACUUGAGGCUGCCAGGCCAGCUUUGGAGGAAGCAGAAGCUGCUUUACAGGUGAGAACGCUGUUGUAUAUUGGACCUUUGUUUCACUCCUCCAAAGUAUCUCGUCCUUUUGGUAUUAAGAGCAGCAACCACUCUCUAUCAAUCAUCCCACAAACUUAACCUCUUUGACCCUUGAAUAGAAAUAUAAGAUUUUAGCCAAAUUUAGUGGUUUAAAUGUCAGAAGUAACUAAUGUAACUAAUGUUGCACGCUCUUCUACACAUCCUUUCGGUACUGAAUUAUGUUAAAGUUAUGUAAAUUAUUUUAUUUGGUGGCUAUCUAGGGCGCUUUUUAUCCAGCCCAAAAUACCGAAAAUUUCGGUUAGAAAUCAAAUGGAAAGGACCAUUUUGGUUCGCACCGAUCGGAAUAUUUGGGACCACCUUGGAAGGUGGUCCACUUUGACCGGUCUGGUCAUUUCGGUCGGUCAGACCGAAAUGUCCUUUUCCAUUUGACAUAAUCGUGGUCCCCAGAACUGCUCCUUUGCAUCUUGCUUAUAAGAACUAUAACCAAACACGCGGUGGCUUGGGUUGGGUCUGUGCAACCGCAAUGCACCGUUCCAUUUAACAUGUGGAAUUUCCGAGAUUUCAAACCGAAAUGGAAAGCGCCCCUAGAUUGAGUCACGAUGUGAGGAAUGAAACUUACCUAACUCGGCUAAAACGGCCACUUAUUCUUCCCGAAUGUAUUGUCGGAAUCAAGUAUAUAACACUCUACAUGAUAAUUGUUAAGGCAGUGCAUAAGAAUGAGUAUUUCCAACCACCACUGUCCAGGUGACCAUAGUUUCAGAGUAACGAGAAAUAAGACACGAUGUGGUCAAUGUAAGAUUUAUUUACCAUCUCCCAUACUACUAGAGUUUAGGGAGAGAGAGAAAUCAUGAUAUCAAAUUAAACAGACUAUUCAAAUAUGUUUGUCCCCAGACCAUCAAAGCUGCUCAUAUCGCGACGGUCCGUAAGCUGCCCAAGCCUCCACAUCUGAUCAUGCGCAUUAUGGACUGUGUUUUGAUCUUGUUUCGGAAGAGACUGGACCAAGUGGUGUUUGACGCGGAAAGAAACUGCUGUAAGCCAUCCUGGUCUGAGUCACUGAAGGUAACACCGCUAUUUUCGUCUCCAAGGCAUAUGAUUUGCUUAUUUAACUCAAAUCAAGAUCAAAAAUAAAACGCGGAUCUUUUAAAAAAUGGCGAAAACAGUGAGAAAGUUAAGCUUCUAUAGAUACUCGUGCGAUGUGUGGAAGGUGGGACGUUAAAGCUUUAACAGCUAUCGCCUUACUUUGCAAUUGUAAGAAAAGAGAUUCACCCAGACUAGGGGAAAAGCUAGACUACGAGUAGUCCCCAUUUUUCCUCACGGACGGUAAAGCGAGCGAAACGCCAACUCGCGUGAAAAUCACCCCACCCGAGAAAGGCGAGACGCGGUGAAAGGGAAAAGCGUGCAGGUUCCUAAGUUCAAGUCCGGUCAAAACAACCGGAAGUCCUGUUUGGUUAGAACAAGCUAUUUCACACUAACCAAGGUUCAUCAUACACCAAGUCCUUGUUUGAUUGGAAAAGGUUAUAUAUUUUGUGUACUUGUGCUUCUCAGAAUUGCUGGUAUAAUCUGUACUGGAAACUCUGUUAAUGGUAUAUUGUCUUUUCUUAUUCAGUUAAUGAGUCAGUCGAAUUUCCUAACGACACUUCAAAGUUUCCCGAAAGACACAAUCAAUGAUGAAAUGGUAGAACUCUUAGCCCCUUAUUUGGAAAUGGAAGACUACAAUAUGGAGACUGCUAAAAGGGUAUGUAGUUCGAACAAAGAACGCACCAAAUUUAUUUUAUGGCAGCACCAUGGUGUUUGUCAAUGCCUUGACUAUCUACGAGCUUUCCACUGCGCCAAACCGACCGAUCAUAAAUGGAAUAACACAGUUGUAUUGAGCCAAGGGCCGCUUGUCAUUCAACCAAAACUUUCCAAAAUUUGGAAACAGCGGCAAAUGGUUCAGAAAUUUACGGGAAACGUUUCCAGAAAUUCCGGAAACUUUUGAAUUUUCCGAAGUACGAACCAUUCAACCGAAAAUUCUAGAACUUCCGGGAGCAACGUUGAAUGGAAAGAAAACUUGCGGGAAAAUUUUUUUGAAAAUAGGUGGAAAUGCUGUUCCAUUCGCUACUGCAAGUUGCCGAAAAUUCCAGCCAGUAGUUUUGGUUGAAUGGAAAGCGCCCUAAGUUUGCUGCCAGAUCGAAGCGUCCAUUUACGAUUCGACAGAUUUGUUUCACAAAUGGAAGGGUAAUUUUUGAUCGGAGUGGACCAACCGGUUAAAGAGGACCACCUCUGGAUUUGGUCCAUUGUGACCGGUAAAUUCCCAAGCGGGCCGAAGCGUUCCAUGUAUUUCUCGGCCGAAAUUUCCGAAAAUUUUGGCUGGUAUAGAAAGCACCCUGUGUUACAAUGUUACUACUUUUCCUAGACAGAAUUAAUGGCAAGUUAAUUUUUGGAUUCUUCAUUUACAGGUGUGCGGAGAUGUCGCUGGUUUGUGCUCCUGGACGAAAUCCAUGUCCAUUUUCUUUGGCAUUAACAAAGAAGUAUUACCGUUAAAGGUAAAUUGUACUGUUGCAUUAGAGAGUAUUCAGUUUCUUUUCUGCACUGAAUUUUUAGCGUCACAUCUAUCAUCCUUUUGCGUCUAUCUUCUCUUGGUGGUGUGAGAAUGAAGACUAAGCGUCAAGUAUCUUUUUUUCAGGCAAAUUUGACAAUUCAGGAGGCGAAGUUAAACGUUGCUCAAAACGAUCUGAACGAGGCGCAGGCACAGUUGGACGAAAAACAGGCUGAACUUGAUAAAGUGCAGGCCAUGUACGAUAAGGCAGUGCAAGAAAAACAGGUAAAACUGGUUGACCGUAGACUGUCUUUAUUUCAAGGAACUAUUUUUAAAAUAGUUAAACAGACACAGGGCUCGAAAAAAUCGUGAAUGCGAUCUGGCAAGGAGCUUUCAUAUUUCAUGCUUGCCGGGGGCCACUUCUUGCUCGUUUUUGAUAGUGAUUUUGUCUGAUGAUGAUUUGAAUGGACCCUUUCCCAUUAGACAAGAAAGCUUGAAGAACUGCUUGUUCCUAACUACCGGAUGGUGUUUUUAUCGAGCCUUGAGAUAUUUUAUGUAACUUAGUGUAGAGAACCCAGUUUCUGUCCAGAAAAAUUCCACAAACGAUACCAUUGUACGUUAAAUGUCAUGGCAAUCUGAACUUCGUUGACUUAACUUUGGUAAAACUGGUGAUUAUCAACUGUUUUAUUCGUAUUUUUAUCUGAAAAUUUUACAGGAUCUUCUGGAUGACGCAGAAACAUGUCGCCGGAAAAUGUUAGCGGCCUCCACUCUGAUUGGUGGAUUAGGUGGCGAGAAAGAAAGAUGGACUGAACAGAGUAAAGAGUUUGAAGCACAGAUUGGCAGGUACAACAUUCCCCUACGGCCGCGUACAAUAAGAUUUAUCCCAUAUCAGGGUGACAUCAAGAGUCUCGUUUUGUCCCUCUCCCUGUCACGACGUUGCGUAACAUAGAGUGUGACAGAAAAUGGGAUCAGAACUUGACGUCCUCUCCAAAGGUGUUUUAUUUUUCGACUAUGUCAAGUAGUUGUAUUCUUUUCGCAGGUUGGUUGGAGACGUGUUGCUGUGCACAGGAUUUUUGUCUUACUCUGGUCCUUUCAACCAGGAAUUCCGUGACAUGUUGAUGGGAAAAUGGCAGAAGGAUAUGAAGUCACGCAAGAUUCCUUUUACCGCUAACCUUAAUGUCACGGGAAUGCUUGUUGAUGCUGCAACGGUACGAAAUAUAUUUUUCCCAUCGAAUUUAGUCGACAUAAUACUUUAUAAAGCACUACAAAUGUAGACAUCAGUCAUUUGUUGACCGGCUUUAUUCUCAUUUUUUUGUGUUUUCAGGUGGGUGAAUGGAAUCUUCAGGGGUUACCAAACGACGAAUUAUCUGUCCAGAAUGGCAUUAUUGUCACCAAGGCAACAAGGUAUCCUCUGUUGAUAGAUCCGCAGGGUCAAGGAAAAGCCUGGAUUAAAAACAGAGAAAAGGACAGUGAGAUGCAGGUGGGUGGUUGCAGGGCCUGCUAUGUUCGUAUUCGUGGUUCCAUGCAUGUACAGCGUCCUAUGAACAGUGAAGUUAAAAAUUUUGCUGGGUUUAUUUCAACCAUAAACUUUGCUUCCUGUACGUUCUGUUUUGAUAAUUCGGCCUAACUGCCUGUUUUGUUUUACAACAUGCAUCUUCGCUUUGGAAACAUGUGCAAGUUUAUUUCGUAGAAAGGCUUAGAAAUUGGCCAUCAAGUACUGUAGUUUCUUGGAUACCUGGGCUUAGUAGCAUAAAACUUAUAGCAGACAAUCUCAUGGGGGAUAGCUGAUCUCUGAAAGUGAAUAUUUUGGCAACAGGUUACCUCUCUCAAUCACAAAUACUUCCGGAACCAUCUUGAAGACAGCCUCUCAUUGGGAAGACCGCUGCUUAUCGAGGACGUGGGCGAGGAAAUGGACCCAGCUCUUGACAAUGUAUUGGAGAAGAAUUUCAUCAAAAGUGGCAGCACUCUAAAGGUGAAAGUCGGAGACAAAGAGAUUGAUGUCAUGAAGGGCUUUAUGUUAUACAUCACAACGAAGCUCUCAAACCCCGCUUACACCCCUGAGGUACGUUGUAUAUUUGUUUGCCAUGAAUGAAAGUCCAUCUAUUUUUGUAUUUUACCCUUGCAACGAGCAACACAACAGUUAUAAAUAGGUAAUCACUCAAAUUUACACUUAAUAUUAAAACUUGAGAACAGUACAGGUCUUUCUGUAUUCAAUGUUUUUGCAAUUGCCUUUUUUUACAAUUUGAUUGAAGGAAUUUUCUUUAAUCUUUGGUAGAGAUUCAAUUUAGAUUUUAGUUUCACUGGUGGAUUUUUUCUCUCAAUUAUCCCAUGGACACAUCAAGCGAUAGAAAGAAAUUUCAGUGUAGAAUUAAAAUCAUAAUACAGGUCGUAACAUCAUACGACCGAUGUGCGGUCGUUUCAAAUAAUAUAUAAUUAAUUGAAUUAUUUUCGUUAUUUUCUAAAAUAGAUCAGUGCUCGAACUUCUAUUAUUGACUUCACGGUGACCAUGAAAGGUUUGGAAGAUCAGCUGCUGGGCCGUGUGAUCCUGACUGAAAAAGCGGUAAGUUGACACAAACAGCUCUUUUUCCGUGAUGUGUUGCGCAGGAAAUAGUCCAUCCUUAUUACCAGCUGUAUUGCUUCUGUCAUGCUGAUAUUUUAGGGUGAACCUGUUCUUUUACAGACUUAAUUCGCCUUUUCCGUGGGUCUAGCGCUUGCUUUUUUUUUAUCCAUAGAAACGCGUGUUGUACGUUUUAAGGGCUGGUUGAUUCCAAGACAUGCGCCCGAACCAUUAAAGGGCGUUAAUUCCUUACAUCAAGAAUUAAUGUAUGCAGUCUGAACUCACGUCCAUGUAUAAUUUACUACAGGAGCUGGAGGCUGAGCGUACAAAACUAAUGGAAGACGUCGCUUCGAACAAGCGAAAAAUGAAGGAACUGGAAGAUAACUUGCUGUUCAGACUCACAAGCACUCAGGUAUGGAAGUCCGACUGUGAGAACGGUCAAAAGAUUAAUGAGAAAUAAAUAGUGUAAAAAAUUCGUAUAUUUCUGGUAUUAACUCGAUGAUGUCUGCAAAUUUAAUUCUGGCAGUUUUUGCAAGAUAUCUAUGGAUUUGUGGAAUUGGAAGCUCCCCUUUAGAUUUUGUUAAAGAUUAGAUUUUCACAUUUCGUUAACUAUCCGUGUAACUAAAUUCGUGCUUUUUUGGGUGGGCUAUUCCUCAAGUGGUUAUCUUCAUUUCAUUGCGUCUUAACAAAUGUUGCGCUCACGAAGACUUGUAUGAGCUAUAAUAUAUUUCUACCCAAGGAAAGGCGAACACUUUUGUGGUUUAAACUGAGUCUUUGCACUAAUAAGAUAACUAACACAAUGUCUUUUUUUUUCCAUUUAGGGUUCUCUUGUCGACGAUGAGUCUCUGAUUGAAGUGCUAAGUACAACCAAAGCAACAGCUGAAGAGGUCAGCCAAAAACUUCUUGUAGCCGCUGACACGGAAGUAAAAAUCAACGGCGCAAGAGAAGAAUUUAGGCCGGGUAAGAAUUGAGCGAAUCGUCAAUCAACAUUCUAUUGCAUUAUUAGCGGAUUGCACAGCAUGACUGCUCCGUUGCCUUUUUAGGCGCUCAUCAUCUGUUUUUAGUUUUUAUUGCUGGGCAGCGUCGCCUGACACUGUACUAUUUUGCGCAUAUUGAUUUUAAAAAGGACAUAUUACCAACAGUCAAAUACAUCCUGAGGUUCAAACAAAGUUUUUACUCUGAUACUAUGCAGAUGUUUACACAAAUGCGUUAACACGAUGACGUUAAUGGUUUUCAGUGAGCACUAGCUCAAAAGUUUUCAUUCGAAAUUUGUCCUCGCGAUUUGUAAUUAUUUUUUUAUCAAUACCUCGAGCUUAAUUUCAUAAUUAUCGGUAUUUUUUGUUUUAGUGGCCACCCGAGGUAGUAUCCUGUAUUUCUUGAUCGUUGAGAUGAGCAUGGUAAACUGCAUGUACCAGACGUCUCUCAAACAAUUUUUGGGGCUGUUCGACAAUGCUAUGGCAAGGUAAGGGAUUAACCCAUUGUUUUUUGCCUUUGAACUGGGAAAUUUCUGUGGCCUCUACCCUGCGUGGGCGUUUUGUCUAAGAAGAUCAUUUUCUCUGCUCCUAGUAAAUUAUGUUUCUUACAGCUUAACAAAUUUUUGCAUGUGCGUUUUUUAUACUUUCAUUUUUUCUUUCUUCUAUUUUGUGUUAGAUCCCAGCCAUCUCCUAUCACUUCCAAGAGGAUACACAACAUUAUAGAUUACUUGACGUACGAAGUUUGGAAGUACUCGUGUCGAGGUCUCUACGAGAAUCAUAAGUUUCUGUUUACGCUUCUUCUCGCUUUGAAGAUUGAUUUGCAGAAUAAGAAGGUCAGUGCUACACUAUAUUCAUGAAUUUGUGGCGGAAAUAUUUAUGACGAACCUGCAACAGAGUGGCCGUUUUCACACUAGAGACGGAUAAUCCAUCUUCAAAAUCCGUUAAAAUUAACGAAUAAACAGGUGGAUAAAGUCAGGCGGAUUGUUCAUCCAAAAUUAGAACCGUGCCAUUUUCAAAUUAAGACGUAUUAUCUGUCUGACGUGAAUUAUCUAACAGAUAACCCGUCUCAGACAAAUAAUCCGUCUCUAGUGUGAAAACAGCCAUUCACACAGGCUACGCAUUUUUUUCUUUCUUUCUUUUUUUCUUCUAUUUUCCAAUACGUUUCUCGAACAACUCAAACCACUCCAGAUCAUGAUAUUGUUACCCUUUACCCUCCAGGUUAAACACACCGAAUUUAUGACACUCAUCAAGGGAGGCGCUUCUCUUGACCUGAAAGCGGUGCAACCCAAACCUUGCAGAUGGAUAACAGAUGUGACGUGGUUGAACCUCGUGGAACUUAGUAAACUACCCCAGUUCUCAGACGUACUAAAUCAGGUAUGAACCGUUUUUUGUCAUUCAUCUUCUCGCCUCCUGUAUUUCCGCCAGCAAAAUGUUAUGUUCGUCAGUUGUUGUUGUUGCUGCUGCUGUUUCGUUUGUUUGUUACCUAAGUUUCGUUGCUGUCGCUAUUGAAUCGCUUCGACUUUUUAAAUAUUAUGUACUUCCUGUUUACCUCCAUGGACAGAUCUCUAGGAAUGAGAAGCAGUGGAAAAACUGGUUUGACAAAGACGCCCCGGAAGAAGCUGACAUUCCUGAUGGAUAUGCAAACUCGUUAGACACUUUUAGAAAACUUCUGCUAAUCAGGUAAUACGCUCUUCUGAUUCUCUGGAGUGAAAUACGACGAUUACUGUGUUUGAUAUAUCUCAUACAGUGUGACAACCAGCUUGAUUGAUGAAGGGCACAAUUAUAUGGCAUUUGCAUUUAUUCUGUGGGUACCACAACUCUUAAUUACCUUAUAAGGCUUUGUUAAAUCUCCUGUCCGCUGGGUGCUAGAUCCGUCACCUUUAAUCAUUCUUUUCCAGCGCCGAAUUACAGUCAUAGCAACCCUCACCGCCCUCUCCUCCCCUAUCACACAUACAGACACACACACACCCCACCCCCCUUAACGUCAGCGUACUUAAGUCUCACUGUCAAUUGUGCUAUUAACAGGUCCUGGUGCCCAGACCGAACCAUGGCGCAGGCGCGAAAGUACAUCGCAGAGUCCAUGGGAUCCAACUACGCUGAGAACGUGAUCCUUGAUUUGGAAAAGACCUGGGAGGAGAGUGAUAAUAGAACACCGCUAAUCAACUUCCUGUCCAUGGGCUCAGAUCCUACCAGUCUCAUUGAAAACCUUGCCAAAAGGCACAAGUUCGGUACGUAUAACAUAAGUUUGUGCAAGACGGUAUUUUAGGAGAAAUAGAAUAUGAAUCAGCAAAAAUGUUCAUCUGUUGCUGUUUUUUCUUUUUUUCCUUUUUUCCCGCUGGUUGUUCGCAGAGAUUUGUUUCAACAAACCCUACUUUGCAUAUAAGUUAGUUUAUUUGAAUUAUCCUUUAUUUUCCUUUGUAGAUUGCCGAGCCAUUUCUAUGGGGCAAGGACAAGAGAUUCAUGCUAGAAAAUUGGUUGGACAAUUCAUGCAAACGGUACGUGUCAUUGUUACGGCCGUUUUUAUGCCCCCUUCCUUGUGUACUUAUAAAACUGGAAAACGGUUUGUUAAGAAUUUCGUGAAACAGAUAUUAAGUACGUUAUUUCCUCUUAAUCAAGAGACUUCCUCGGCAUGAACGCUGUUUUUACAUACCGUUACGAAUGCAUGACCUCAAGUAAAGCGAUACUAAUUCACAUGUUUGUUAUGUCAGGGUGGAUGGGCACUCCUUCAGAACUGUCAUCUUGGUUUGGAGUUCAUGGAUGAGUUGUUAGACACUGUUGUGGAUGCGGAGCAAGUUCAUGAUUCUUUCAGACUGUGGAUGACCACCGAGGAGCAUGCACACUUCCCAAUUGGCCUCUUGCAGGUAUGCGACUACUCGACUGCUGUGCUUGAAAAGUCCCAUUCGGCUUUGUUGACCGUUUCAUCGCUAUGAGUAUGCAACUUUUUAAAAACUGAUAUUGAUGUCAAACGGAAGGUGAACGAAUCAGGUGUUUACAAGCUAUGUGCCACUGACCAGAGCGGGGACUCGAGUACAAUGCCUUAACCACUUAGCGGCGCCACCCCAUCAGAAUAUGUUAAUGAAGGCAGUAUAGAAGUAAUUUUAAGUUCUAUUUACCUUAAAGUACUUACUUUGAUAUGAGUGACUUUUUUCUUCUUAACAGAUGUCCAUUAAAUUCACUAAUGAACCUCCCCAAGGACUGAGGGCCGGACUCAAGCGAACCUACACCGGUAAGCUAAUGGUUUGCAUUUUAUCCAGGUUUCUUCUUCCUUCUAUUGUUGACCAGUCACGGGUUAAAUUCUUGUUAAUGUUGUUGUUUCAAGGUAUUAAUCAGGACCAGUUGGAUGUCAGCAACCUUCCACAGUGGAAACCCAUGCUCUUUGGGGUUGCCUUCCUUCAUACUACUGUUCAGGUAGGUGGAGGCCCAUCAUUGGUGUCAAUAUUGUUUUAAUAUUACUAAACCAAAUGUUGAACUGCUUGAACAUCUUAUUUAACAUUAUUAAAAGCGCUUAACAAUAUUACAGCAAGGCCUUUUUAAUUGUUUCUUUGAGGUUCAGGGAUGAAUAGCUUAUUUCUUCUUUUGAAUUUCAUUAUGCAAAAGUCGGUCAAUUUUUGUAAAAAAAAUGCUAAGAAGACCAUUUUUAUACGAUGAUCGACAUUUGACCCGACAAUUCCUGAAAUCUCCUAGGGGGAAAAAUAAUUGGAAAUCUGAACUUCCUCGUGCCUUAAAAGCCAUUGCUUUAGCGGUUAAUAUUAUCUUUUUUGUUUCUUGUUGUUACAUAAUCAAAAACGGUGUCCCAUUAAUAGCUGUAAUAAACAGUUUUCUUCUAGCUCUACAUAAUUAUUUCUACUAAACUUGAUUACAAACUGCAGCACUUUUAUUGUUAAUUCAUUCACGACAUAGCGAUUAUGUAGCAUGCUCUCUUCAACAUUACUUUUCAAUGUCCUUUAAGGAACGUCGAAAAUACGGUCCAUUGGGCUGGAAUAUCCCAUACGAGUUUAACCAGGCUGACUUUACAGCCAGUGUGCAGUUUGUUCAAAACCAUUUGGAUGACAUGGAUAUAAAGAAGGGUGUAUCGUGGAACACUGUACGAUACAUGCUGGGAGAGGUUCAGUAUGGCGGAAGGGUCACAGACGACUUUGAUAAACGGCUUCUAAACACUUUUGCCAAGGUGAAUACUAACCGAGUGUCUGUAUGGUAGUUUAGAAAAUACAGUGUUAGUUAUCAACACUUGUAAGAAUCAAACGGACUAAAUCAAUUAGGAAGUAAGUUUUUCCUGGAAACAUUGUUAUGUGCAUGUUUUGCUUGGAAACUAUCAAAUCAUGUAUUUCGUAAAACUUUGUGUUUGAACAGAGAAAAAGUGUGUUUGUUGUUGUAUUUAACUAGGGACAUUCAAGAUCCAAGUAGAUUUGUCCUCAGUUUACAAUUUCACUUUUACUGACCUUCAGCACGAGUUACCAGCAUUUUUACAGAUCUGCUCCCUGAGCCAAUGGUUAUCCAGUUUUUCACUUCAUCUUUUGUAGGUGUGGUUUAGCGAGUCAAUGUUCCAGCAAAGUUUUAAUUUCUACAAGGGUUAUACCAUACCAAAGUGUACCUCGGUACCGCAAUACAUGGAUCAUAUUGACACUCUCCCCCUUGUGGACUCCCCUGAGGUGUUUGGACUGCAUCCUAACGCUGAUAUCACGUAAGUUGCGAUUUAAGGAAACAAGGCUAGUGAAUCGUCCAAGGUAAAAAGAUGUCAUUAUUCUCGACCUUAGAACCCCUUGACUUCCACUUUUAGGAAUUAUUUAGGCAGAAAAAUAGUCCUAACUCCUUAAACGAUCUUUUUGUGUUUUUAAAUACACGAUACUGCAACAAUCGUUGGAAAAUCCAAGCAAGAAAUUGUAACAAAGAACUUUGCACCUUUGCAUGGUAAAUUGUGGCUACGUUUACGAUGCAUUUGGCUGAAGAAAAAUAAAACAGUGCUGUCGAAAUACACUAACGAGUAAUUCACGUGUGUUUUCAGAUACCAGAGUAACCUGGCCAAGUCUUGCCUGGAUACAAUCCUUAGCAUUCAGCCAAAGGAUAGCUCAGGCGGCGGAGGAGAAACCCGCGAGUCUGUUGUACAGCGGCUGGCUGAUGACAUGCUCGAUAAACUUCCUGAAAACUACAUCGCACAUGAGGUAAACUGGACGAAUAAGAUUAUUUUGGCGUUUCACUGUGUAUCCGAGUCUUCAGUUCUUUGUCAAUCACGGAAAAAAAGUGGACCUCUUUUCAUGGAGGAUUUUCUAGCGUAUAAACUGGUAUUCGAGUACAAAGGUCAAAAAUUCUCUUUCUUUUUUUUUUUUUUUUUUUUUUUUUUUUUCAUUUCAGGUGAAGGCAAGGUUACAGAAGAUGGGAGCACUGUCUCCCAUGAAUAUCUUCUUGAGGCAAGAAAUCGAUCGAAUGCAGAGAGUGAUAACCGCUGUGCGGCAGACACUGACAGAUCUAAAACUGGCCAUUGACGGCACCAUCAUUAUGAGCGAGGUUAGCUUUCUUCUAUUCUGGCUUUUUGGCAUUUUCGUCAAGUUUUAUCUUUCUUUGAAAAACCAGAGAAUCAUCAAAUGACCAUGUGGACAGUUAUCGCCAAUCCUUGGCUUACAAAAAACGGAGCUGAUAGAAUGUUUUUGUUUGUUUCUUUGUGUUUUUUAUUUGCAAUCAUGUAGAUGGUCAGGUUAGCAAGCUUAAGCAGCAACAAGUACGACGACAGUGAAAAUGUCACUAAAAAAAAUUAUUCGGUCUCUAUUUGGAGCCGCGCAAUUUGUCAAAUGCAGGCCUCUUUUCCUGGAGAUGAAUUCUUAUCGACAGGUUUGAAAAGAGAAAGGACCAUUCGUCGUCGUAUGUUGACGUCCUCCAUAAAACGUCGCAUUAUGAGGUUUUAUGUCGUAGUCGUACAGUGAACGUCAAAGAAAUGUACUAAAAAGCAUGAUGCACGUGCAGAGCUGCUGUUUUGCUCAUAACAACAAUUGUUGUUGUUGUUGUUUUUUUAUGUUGCCUUUUUUGUUGUUGUCCAUGUGCGGGCUUAAACUUUCACUGUGCACUUUUUUUUAAAUUUGAUUUUGAUAUUAAUAUUUUUCUUGUUCUUUUCUUUAGACCCUAAGAGACUCACUUGACUGCAUGUACGAUGCCAGGAUACCUACUCACUGGAAAAAGGUAAGUGGUCGAUUAUUAAGGGAGGAGAAAAUGUUGCGACAUCCAUAGAUGAAAGCGUUGUAGUUAUACACUUGAAAGUACUUUCCCGAAAAAACAUUGAACAUUUUCGCCGAAGUUAUUUUUCUUCCACCUUAUUGCAUUACUCUGUAGAUCUCAUGGGAGUCUUCCACGCUUGGAUUCUGGUACACCGAACUUUUGGAAAGAAACAGUCAGUUUAGGAACUGGUGUUUUGAAGGAAGACCUAAUGUGUUCUGGAUGACAGGGUUCUUCAAUCCCCAAGGAUUCCUCACCGCCAUGAGACAGGUGUGAUUUAUUUUAAUUGAUAAAUAGUAGGCGGUGUCCAACUAGAAAGCUCUUGCUACUUCGAACACCGCACAUAUAUGUACAUUACCUCUUCUCAGCGUAAUGACUAGUCAUCCUUUUUUAUUAUCAUUUGUAAUAUAACUUGUACAAAUGUCUUAUAUAGCCUAAAAAUGAAGAAUUGAAUUGUCCUCAGCAGGGGACAGUUUUGCCCAUCUUACCCUACAUUUUGUCAAUCACAGACCACUGGUGAAGUCAGAUAGUGACCCCCUAGGCCAGUUACUGAAACACACCCCACCAUUUCAUACUAACCCCGUUUUUAUCUUAAACUUUAAGUAACUACUCUUUCGCUAGUUAAAGGGCAAAUGGAAAUUGUUUUAUUUGAUAUCAAAACUAACCUCGUAAUGUUGAAAUCUUGUAAUUUUUUUUGUCGAUAUUUUUACUCUUUUCGGCACUUUUUGUAAAUCACCUGCUUUACCUUUAAAAGCUUACGCGCACGACGGUUUCCUAUUUUUCAGGAAGUGACGCGUGCGCACAAGGGCUGGGCCUUGGACUGCGUGGUGCUUCAUAAUGACGUCACGCGUUUCUUUAAAGAUGACAUCACUCAGCCCCCAGCUGAAGGGGUCUAUGUGCAUGGAUUGUAUCUUGACGGAGCCGGGUGGGAUCGCAGAGGCUGCAAACUUGUGGAACCCACUCAAAAGGUUCUCUUCACAGCUAUGCCAGUCAUUCAUAUCUACGCUAUUAACACGACCGCUGGCCGAGAUGCCCGGAUGUACCAGUGCCCGAUAUACAAGAAACCAAGGAGAACAGAUCUGACGUAUAUUGCAAGUGUGGACUUGAAAACCAAUCAGAAUCCAGAUCACUGGAUUCUGCGCGGUGUCGCCCUGUUGUGUGACAUUAAGUAAAUUUCUACAUAUUACUCAAGAUCUUUCAAAAAAAAUGUUAUUCCUUGGAACUGUUGUAAACAUGGGUAGUUUUAAUGUUCGAGUUAGAAAUUAACUUGACUUGGUAACUGUUUAUUGUCCAAUCACGACAGACGAGCAAAAAGUAACACUAGAUUUUUAUGAGGUAUCUUACAUUUGAAAAUGGACUAUUUAUACGCAAAGUGUGGAAGAACGUACCUCUAUCCGAGCAAGACAUUCUGAUAUGGUAUAAAACCUGGCUGAAUUUUCUGAAACCCCUACAUUGGUUCAGUGUAAAUAAUUGUAUGAUUGUGUCGUGGAGUCACUGAAAUAUUCCGAAUAGUUUUACUGCAUCCCUGUAUUAUAGAA